CUUUUGAUCCGUUCGUUCAAGACCGACACACCACUAGUUGGUGGAGAGAAGGGGAGCGGAGAGGUGCAGAGGCGUGCUGAGGAUAUAGAAACAACGGAAACGGCUAUUUUCACGCUUUCUGCUUCACUCAACUUUGCUUCUUUUUAUCUUUUUCCUCGUUUGAUGAAUUACAGGUUUGAAUUUACGGCGGCUUCUCCGCUUUACGCUCCGAGUCUUGUAUCCUUGGCAACGCGAACAACUGUCCUGCGAACUUUGGAUCAAGUGUUUUUACCUCCAGCCGGAAAAUAAACGGAAUACUCCCCGCUUAAUGGACGGAACUAACUCCCGCAUGCAUGUUGGAGUUUGUGAAAGUAUUUCCAGAAGUUUUUUCUAAUUUCUGGGAUUUUUGUUAGUUUAAAUAGAGUGUGUAAGGAAACGGGGCAACGCGAGACAAUAGUGGUGUGGUGAGAAAGCUCGUGCGGGGGGGUCGAUGCAUCGCGGGGGCUUUGUUCUGCCCUGUGUGGAGACUCAACACGAGCUUGCUGUGGAUAUCGAUUAACCGGUGGAUUGAUGACUAGUUGGUGAUCUGUAAUCGGAACAACCAUGGAUGUGACUCUGUCCGAGUUGUUGGCCACUUUCAUGGAGUCCCCGCUCGUGGUGUGGGUGAGUGGAGCAGCACGCGCACACAGUUGUGAGAGGAUGAGCCGCUGACCUGUCGGUUUUACUUUCUCUGUUUGUCUGCAGGGUUAGAACAACCAGCUGACCAACCAGUACAAAAAAACAGCUGUGACCCCUGAAACACUUUCACACGUGACUCUCUUUUUAUCUAAAACUCAUAUACGUGAAGUUGUAGUGACAGGAAGUAGAUUGUUGGGUUAUUGAUCCUGUGUAUCUCUGGAUCAAUAAUGCGACAGUUUAUCAAUAUAAACAAGCCAGAAACAAAAGUCCUGAACUUGAUAACACUUUAAUAUAUAAAUGUUACCUGAGAACUACUUGACUCAGUGAAAUUUCACAACAACAGACGUAUGAAUUUCUGUCGAGCCAUCUUAAACUGAUGUAAAAAAGACAUACAAGGUCACUUGAAAUAUAUGUGUCAGAGCAGGGCUGAUAUCCUGUUAGAAGUGAUGUUAAACUGAUAUAUUUUGUACAUAAUAAGAGAUUUUAGUUAGACUCUUAACUAGUGACUGUUUAAAAGUGAUAUUCUGUCAUCAAGAAUAGUGAAAAUUUGUGUUUUCCCUUCAGAAAAGAUCUUUACAACAUCAGCCUUGUGAUCGCAGAUGCCAGUAUGAUGUCGAUUAAUUCAAAAUGGCAUUUAUUAAUAAGUUAAUCUUUAUUACAAACACCAACUUAAAGCUUCUGUGAGGAACUUUUAGUCUGGGUUGAUUCUGGCCCCCCUGUGGACAUAGCGGUACCCCUUUUAAUGCUGCUGACUUGGUCUCAUGGUGCUUUCACACCAAACACAAAGGAAACUACCUGAGCGAAUAUUAAAAUCAAUGUAAAGAUGCAGUAUGACACAAGCCAAUGACACCCCACUUAUAGUGCAAAUUGAAUAGAUACCUGACUGUUGCAAAUUCAAAACAGUUCCAACAUGCUACUAAUCGGAGAUAAAAAUCAAGCUAAUCAUCGUUUGUGCCACGUUAGGCAAUCAGCAUGGAGAUUUCCCACCCAGAGUGAGUGGGGAUCUGGUAGACGCAAUGUGUACAAAUGAUGGAGUUAGUCAUUAGUGUGAAUUUAGCAAGUUGACACAAUAUUCAGGUGUCCGGGUACUUGCAAAUCAAGCAGGUGAAUGAGUUUGCUUGUGUAUUUUGGUGUGAUGGCUAUAAUUACUUAAACACUGCUAAGACACAUCACUGUCCAUUUGAAAUCAUUUUUCAAAUUACACUUUUGUUUUGGAGAUCUUUGUCCUCAGAGUUUGAUUGAACUCUUUAUCAUCCUGUUGAGCAGGGACGCUCCCAGCUCACACUGUGACAAGCAGCAUGGCAGUCAACAGUUUAUUAACACUGUGCUACUUCCUGUUGCUCUCUGACCUCACAUCCUUUUGACCUGAGCGGUCAACAACAUUUUUUCCUGCUCUUGUUCGACACAGAAACACAAUUACCAGAAAGGCGACACAGGGCAACUUUCACCUGGUUGAUUCUUCUCAUUUCUCUCCGCCUCUGUUUGUCUUUAUUUCAAGUUUGAGGAUUUUUGUAAAAAAUGGAAAAUAGCUGCUGGUAUGAUCUCUGAAUCAGAUUAAAGGAUAUGCCUCAGUGAAGAAAAUGAAAGAGUAGAGUUUCCCUUAAACAGGGCCCUAAAUCCCAGCAUGCUCCAGUGGAGUUACUCCAGUGGGCAGCAGAUCAGUCUGUGGCUUUACUGGGCUGCUUCCAGCUGUGUCACUAUAUUUACUAAAGUCACUGCUCUGUGAGUGGGAACAGGGCGUUCCUCUAAAAGAGAGCAAUACCCCCUGCAUAUCCCUCUGAGUAAAUAAAGGUUUUAAAGAUAUACUGAAUGUGCUAUUUUUGUUAUUUUGGUACCAGCAUACCCCUAGAAAAGCAGUGUUGUUUUUUGUAGUCUAACUUUAAACAUUAUUGUCAUGAUUAUAUGUACAUUAAAAGGUUUAUUGGUCUCUAAAAGUUCCUGGGUCAGAGAGGUCCUCUCCAAAAUUAACUUUAAUUCCAAUUCAUAGUCCUUGAUAAUGGCAGAAGUUAAAGUUUAAACUAACAGUUUUGCAGCCACAGACUUUACCAGCAUGUCUGGGUUGUUUUUAUUUAUGUUUCCUCUUUGCACGGUCCAGCCUAACCUGCAUUUGUACAGCAACAAACUGAGUUCGUAGAGAGUGGUUUCUGCUUUUUAGUGAUUAGGAGCCAAUGCAGUGAUUCCCACUACAGAGAUGUCUGUUUUUAAUACAGUGCCCUCUGAUGGCCCAAAGAUCACUGUCAUUCAGUUUUGGUUUUUGGCCUUGUACCCUUUGCAAAGAGACUUGAAUCUUUUAAUUACAUUUUGUACUGUAGGUGAUGAUUUUGUUGUCUUUGCACUAUUUUGAAUAAGUAAAUAAGCAGGAAGUUUAACUGAGUUUUGGCAGUACUGAAUCAGAACCAUAUACAGUUAAAUAGAAAACCAAUCUUAAGUUCCAAAUCAAUAAUUUUUAUCUCUCCUCUUGUUCACAGGUGCGGAUGUUAGGUCCUCUGGGCUCAUGUGACAAUGGCUCAGAGGAGUGGGUCAACAUGUUCAUGGAGCUGGUAGAUGGAGUCUUCCUGCACAAGAUCAUGACACACAUGUAGGUAUCACACUGCAGAGAGAGUCAGAGUUUAAUGAGUGUGAGUCACUGAAAAAAGUUCUUUUGGUGGGUUUUAAUGUGUCUAGUAAGUUAAUCCAGCGUUUCCUGAGUGUCUGUGUGUGAUCUCGCGACCACAUCCUGGCUUGCCAGUUUCAUGUUGUACACGUCACGGCCAGAUGUGCUGCAACAGUCUGCAUCAAGCAAAGUAGGGUAGAAAAAGAGCAGCUUUGAGGUGACUGGGGGAGGAAAUCGAAAAUUUGUCACCUAAUGAAAUUCAACCAAACUUAUACAGAAACAACUAUAACCAGUAUGUGCUUACACAACACACACAGUUUGAUGAGGCAGUCCAAACACCUAUAUUUUAUUUACUCAUUACACUACGACAACAUCCAUGUUUGCUCAUAUUUAAAGUUCGUGUCAACAAAUUAACUCCCAGAGUGUUUCUUCCAGUUUAACUUCUAUGUUAAUUUGUGUACGUUUAGGUUUUAAUUCUGUUUUUUAUUUUAAGAGAAAUGUUCCUGAGACAUAUUGCCACAAAACAAAUUUGUUUGUAUAGAGAUUCUCCUGAUAGCCUGGAAUUGCACCACUAAUGUUUGAACAUAGUCUUUGAAAACAGGCUAUUAUGCUUGUUACUGCGUCGACAAACGUUAAAUGGGAAUUAGAAAUAUCAACUUUUCUGCACAGUUCUACUGUUCUACUUAUUUACCUAAAUUUUGUCUCAACAAGUCAUACUCACCUAGGAUUUAUCCCACUAUAACGCAGGUGGCUUGUUCAAACAGUGCCCCUCAAGUUCCUGUGGUGCAGUAACAUUCAUAUGUAAAUGAUAAUGUUUCACUGGGGGUGUGUCAUCUUAAUCACCUUACAAUUCGACUCAGAGUGCUACGAUUCGAUUAUUAAAUGAUUAUAAUGAUUGUUACGAUGAUCAAUGAAUCUUUUUCCCCAUACAGGACUUCUUUUAAACAAGCUAUAUUUGUCUGGGCGUUUUUUUCUUCCGGUCAACUUCUUGGUGUUUCUGUAAUAUUGCUUUCAUGAUAAAUAAUUGAUUUUUGAAGAUUUGUUUAUCAUAAUCGAUCCUCACAUGUCUCAUUACGAUGCAUCAAAAAUCGCUUCAUUGACCCACCCCUAGUUUCCAGCAUUUACAUAAGCAGUAUUGUUUUGCUGUUUUAUGGACCUGUCCAAAGUUUUUGGUUGAUGAUACUAUUUUUAUUCAGAACCUUCAGAAUGCCGGCUUUAACCCCAUCACUGAUAAAUAGUUUCAAAAUUAUCUGUCUUGCAGGUUUUAGUGUGUAUAAGUGGCGAAUAUUCAAUCAGUGCUUCUGCCAUUUUUAUAAAAUAUAUAGAUAUUAUAUAUCCGUCUUUAUGCAGACGACACUGUUCUGUAUCGUUCUGCUGACUCUGUAUAUGGCUGUUGAGAAGUUACAGUUUUUUACAGUGUUGUAAAUGAGGGAAACCUUAGUGAUUUUUAGACUUAAAUAAAUGUUGUUGUUGUUGUUGUUGUUGUUGUUGUUGUUGUUGUUGAUGAUGAUGAUGAUAAGCUUCCCCUGCAGAAAUAAAAAGAAACUGUGAAGGUAGUAAGCUUCGUUUAUACCCAUAUGUAUUAAGUAGAGCUUUACUGAACUUCUCAAGUGGCAUGGUGGAGUAGAAAUGAGCUUGUGAUGAACAGUGAUUCAAAGCACAUGAACACUUUUGACCAGCUGUAUGUUAAUGCUACAGUCCUGAGGCCUGUACUACGAAGCUGGAUUUGGUCUUAGCGAGAUAACUUCUGGAUAACUUCUGGGUUUUCUGUACUACGAAGGUGGAUCUCUUUUUAUCCGGGUCCGUUGUCGCAGUAACUUACGCGGAACGCUAAACCUGCUCCGGAGCAGGUUAUGUUUCAGGAUAAGAUCUCAGCAGGUAUAAAAAACCGCCCACUGACCAAUCGGAUCUCUUGGAAAAUGGCUUGCCCACUUUUGCCGGAUCCCGGGGACAUCGUUGGACGGAUAGUGAGAGGAGCGCUUCGCCAAGAGCGUUAUAUUCAUGAUCGUUCAAAUCCGUUUGAUUUACCUGAUGACGUUCUCUAUGAACGUUACAGGUUUUCCUCGGACGGCCUCAAUAUUCAGGUAGCAUGAAGUCUAAGCAAUACACUAAUAUUUGCCAAGCUCCAGGUUCAAAUUUGUUAGUCAUCAUUCAGAAUUCAUUGAAGCAGAUUAGAAAACUCUUAACCCCAAAUGUGUGCAGAUGACGUGACCAUCAGAUGAUGGAGAAAAAAAAAAGGCAGUGUGAGGAAAUCACUGUUUACGCGUUGAAAUAUGUACAAAUAAAAUCUUCCAAUAAACUUACAAACUACUUAAAAGGAUGUUUUUAGAUUUAUUUUUAUUUGCUCCCACGUACUCUUUUCCCCACUGCUGUUGUAUCUUAAAUAAUGAGGUCAGUGAUGGUGGUGAUCACACACGCUGCAUGACAAUAUAUUAGGGGGCCAUAAAUUUAUGAACGCACAAAUGUAAUUUACACAUCCGGUGAUUUUUUUUGCCGGCAGUCCCUCCGGCUUUUAGCGGCUGUGUCUGUCUCACUGUUUAAAUAAAGCUGUGAAAAAUGACGUGCAGCCUUCUCCAUUGUGGAGAUUGGUCCGGUGGCACUGACCCGACCCCCUUUACGUGUGCGCGCACAGAUUUGAACUGGAUUCAGUUAUCGAGUUGAUAUCCUGCUUCGUAGUACAGCUGAUCGGGAUCGCGGAGAUCCGGUGAAGUUUAGCGAGUUGUCGCAGAGUUAUCCUGGAUGUGUUAAUCCAGCUUCGUAGUACAGGCCUCUGGGGUCCGUUUCACGUAGGUGGUUCAACAAACUCUGAGUUAAAUCCUUAACUCUGAGUUGAUCUACUCUGAGUUAGGAAACUCUGAGUUUCCGGUUUCACAACACCUGAUUUGAGACGGUUUUAACAACUCCGAGUAGUUUGACCACUGCUGCGUCCGAACUGCCCGCUCGGAUACUACAUGCUACUGCUACGUGCUACUGCUAGAUCCUACUCCUACAUACUAAAAACGUUGGCCCAAUUCGGACACACUAGACGAGCGGUGGGGAAAGACGACCCCCGCAGGCAGAGAGUAGGUACUGCGCCCGUGCAGACAGUGGUAACCGAAGCCCCUCAUCUGCGGGCCUGGCUGUAGUACUGCAGCUGUGCAGUUUAAUGAUGGAAUAAGUGAGCUUUACCUCCAUGAUGUCGCCACUUGCUCAUAAAAUGAUUACUUGGGCAAAUAUGACACCAUGACAUGACAAAGAGAUACAACCGCACAUUUUUUAGGACAGUGUGUGAAGUUACAUGAAACUUACAUCUGUACUGCUGCGGUCCCGCCUGCUGCUGCUGCUGCUCCGACAUGGUGCGCGCUGCUGUGGCCAGCCGGCGUUCGCGACACUUUUAAAUAGGCAGAGCAGCUGGUGGCGCUAGCAUCACAUGCGCUUCUACAACUUUUAAGAGGACGAAGAAGAAGCCCGCGGUGCAUUUUGGGUCAGUAGCAUGCCCGUAGGAUGCACCGAGACCAACCUACAAUGUGGGCGUAUCUAGCAUCUGAAGUAGUAUCUGAAGUAGCAUGCUACUCGCUCCGGUGGCCAAUUCGGACAUGCUAGAUACUACUUCGACUACUACUUCGACUACUACUUGGCAAUUCGGACGCAGCUCUGGAGUUAAGCACGUGCACGCCAGACAUAAACAGCCAGCAUCUGUGGAGCGCAGAUUCAAUGAUCAACCAAUGGAAACAGGGAGAAGGAGGGGGCAGCAGCAAGCCAACAGCGAAUUACAGCACGUUUUUAAAAGAAAGUGCAGUACAGCAGCAGCCGCAAAGGAGAGGGAGAGGGCUUUGGAGGAAAUCGCUGCUCGCGUCAAUGCGUAACUUUAAAUCUAGUCUCGUGCAAUCACAAUUGCUGCGUCCGAACUGCCCGCUCGGAUACUACAUGCUACUGCUACGUGCUACUGCUAGAUCCUACUCCUACAUACUAAAAACGUUGGCCCAAUUCGGACACACUAGACGAGCGGUGGGGAAAGACGACCCCCGCAGGCAGAGAGUAGGUACUGCGCCCGUGCAGACAGUGGUAACUGAAGCCCCUCAUCUGCGGGCCUGGCUGUAGUACUGCAGCUGUGCAGUUUAAUGAUGGAAUAAGUGAGCUUUACCUCCAUGAUGUCGCCACUUGCUCAUAAAAUGAUUACUUGGGCAAAUAUGACACCAUGACAUGACAAAGAGAUACAACCGCACAUUUUUUAGGACAGUGUGUGAAGUUACAUGAAACUUACAUCUGUACUGCUGCGGUCCCGCCUGCUGCUGCUGCUGCUCCGACAUGGUGCGCGCUGCUGUGGCCAGCCGGCGUUCGCGACACUUUUAAAUAGGCAGAGCAGCUGGUGGCGCUAGCAUCACAUGCGCUUCUACAACUUUUAAGAGGACGAAGAAGAAGCCCGCGGUGCAUUUUGGGUCAGUAGCAUGCCCGUAGGAUGCACCGAGACCAACCUACAAUGUGGGCGUAUCUAGCAUCUGAAGUAGUAUCUGUAUCUGAAGUAGCAUGCUACUCGCUCCGGUGGCCAAUUCGGACAUGCUAGAUACUACUUCGACUACUACUUCGACUACUACUUGGCAAUUCGGACGCAGCUCUGGAGUUAAGCACGUGCACGCCAGACAUAAACAGCCAGCAUCUGUGGAGCGCAGAUUCAAUGAUCAACCAAUGGAAACAGGGAGAAGGAGGGGGCAGCAGCAAGCCAACAGCGAAUUACAGCACGUUUUUAAAAGAAAGUGCAGUACAGCAGCAGCCGCAAAGGAGAGGGAGAGGGCUUUGGAGGAAAUCGCUGCUCGCGUCAAUGCGUAACUUUAAAUCUAGUCUCGUGCAAUCACAAUUGCUGCGUCCGAACUGCCCGCUCGGAUACUACAUGCUACUGCUACGUGCUACUGCUAGAUCCUACUCCUACAUACUAAAAACGUUGGCCCAAUUCGGACACACUAGACGAGCGGUGGGGAAAGACGACCCCCGCAGGCAGAGAGUAGGUACUGCGCCCGUGCAGACAGUGGUAACUGAAGCCCCUCAUCUGCGGGCCUGGCUGUAGUACUGCAGCUGUGCAGUUUAAUGAUGGAAUAAGUGAGCUUUACCUCCAUGAUGUCGCCACUUGCUCAUAAAAUGAUUACUUGGGCAAAUAUGACACCAUGACAUGACAAAGAGAUACAACCGCACAUUUUUUAGGACAGUGUGUGAAGUUACAUGAAACUUACAUCUGUACUGCUGCGGUCCCGCCUGCUGCUGCUGCUGCUCCGACAUGGUGCGCGCUGCUGUGGCCAGCCGGCGUUCGCGACACUUUUAAAUAGGCAGAGCAGCUGGUGGCGCUAGCAUCACAUGCGCUUCUACAACUUUUAAGAGGACGAAGAAGAAGCCCGCGGUGCAUUUUGGGUCAGUAGCAUGCCCGUAGGAUGCACCGAGACCAACCUACAAUGUGGGCGUGUCUAGCAUCUGAAGUAGUAUCUGAAGUAGCAUGCUACUCGCUCCGGUGGCCAAUUCGGACAUGCUAGAUACUACUUCGACUACUACUUCGACUACUACUUCGACUACUACUUGGCAAUUCGGACGCAGCUACAGACAGACUGUUGCAGGGAAACUGCUUGAAUCAUUUUGAUCAUGUUUUACAUUGUCAAGUAAGUAUUAAGUGGCAGUUUGAUCCCUUAGAAAAUGCUCUUUUCACACUCAAAAAUGAAUUUUUCUCUCUUAUGAUGUUCCGUUAAAUGAUUAGGAAUAUUAAACUAACUCUCAGUAUGUAUAGGCUAUGUACAUAUAUUAAACUAACACACACUACACUCAAUAUUAGACUUUCACUCAGCAAACAGAAAGAGGGCAGAUGCCAGAAAACGGGUGGUGGCCCAGGAGCCCCACCUUUAACGGAGGCAGAGGAGCUGCCCCCCCCCUCGACGAUCGAAACCCCCACCCCGUAGCAGCGAUGGUCGGACUGGUGUGUGUGUGUGUGUGUGUGUGUGUGCGUGCGUGCGUGUGUGUGUGUGUGUGUGUGUGUCUGGGGGGGGGGGGGGGUUGCGAUCGGACCGGCCGCGAUCGUCGAACGGGGGGGUGGGGGGCAGCUCCUCUACCUCCGUUAAAUGUGGGGCUGCUGGACCACCACCCGUUUUUGUGUUAGUUUAAUAUUCCUAAUCAUUUAACGGAACAUAAGAGAGUAAAAUUCAGUUUUGAGUGUGAAAAGAGCAUUUUUUAAGGGAUCAAACUGCCACUUAAUACUUACAUGACAAUGUAAAACAUGAUCAAAAUGAGAAAAUGCCGAUGUCUCACCUGAAACUCUGGGUUUACUGAGUUAAACCUGCAGGUUAGGUUCACGGAGUCUGUUACUGUGGUAACUGACCGCGAGGUUGAGUUACCUCUCUUUGUGAAACAGGUUAGAGUUACCCCUCUCUCCCUGGUUUAACUAACCCUCCUUUGUGAAACGGAAAACUCAGAGUUUCCCUGAUUUCAGGGUUAACAAACCCGGAGUUUCCAUUAAACCUGCUACGUGAAACGGACCCCUGGUGCUUUCAAUUGAAAUGCUUAAUUUUUGGUAAACAACCACUACCAUAAAGCAACUUGUUUAUGUUUAGUUAUUGUCUUUUAUUGGAUGUUCUGAUACUUGUAAUUACAAAAUUUCAUCUUAGGUACCCAGACAUCAUGUGGACCACAGGGCCCAUGAGCUGUCCACAGUAAUAAUAAUGACAAUCACCUACUAAAGUGGAAUGUGGACCCUUUUCCACACAGAUGACCCUCUGUUCCUAACCAAACCACAUGUUCACAUGUCAGUUAUUGUCUUAAGAACAAUGACCAUCAGGCUAUUGUUCUCUUCUCUGAAUGUAGGCUGGGCUGCCAGGGGGGGUUAUUAGUACCUAGUAGGGGUUUAUGGGAAAGGGGGUUACAGAGGAGCAGGAGGAGGGAGCCUGAAGGAGAUACUCAGAGACAGUUGGUAAAUCAUGUUAAGUUAGUAUUGUCCUUGACCUGUCAGAAAAUACACCUCAGAAGUGGGAUUAUGUUGUCUUGGUUUUCUGUCUGAUAGGAGACUGAGUUUCACAUGCAGCUAAAAAACUGAACUCUUUUCGAGUAUGCCGACAAUGAUGUGACUAAAGCUUUUGAAGUAGGCCUACUUUGUUUAGCAGUUUUUGCCUAUGGUAAUGGUCAUUUUUUGGACUUUCUGGUAUACAGGACUAUACAGGACAGCCAAAACAUCUAUUCCCAUCUUUAUUAUGUCAGUUUCUUUUAAGUCCAAGUUACACUGUAAAUAUCAAGUCACGCUAAGGCUUCCCUCUGGCUUAUUUCAAGGGUUAGAGAAACCAGUAUUCUUGUGAUUUACUCGCAAAUAACUUGAAAUGAUCAUUUUCUUUUAUAAAUUAUAACAGAACUCAUAUGAAACACCUGUAGGAUUUGAUCAGUUUUCAUUUAACGUCUCAUUAUUGAAGGGGAUGUUGAUGUACUCGAUAACAGCUACACUGAUGGGACUGCCUGCAGUUUCUGCAAUAAUAAAUUAAUUUAUAAAGAGACAAUUUUUCUAUCCCCUUCAUGAGCACAGAUAUUGGAUGAUGCCUGACUGAUUAACUAUCUUUAGUGAAAGUGCUACAAGAGUGACCCAGUCUUAUUGUCUAUUAAAUGUUGAAGAUUUACAGUAAAUGUCAACUGCUGAAUUUUCAACCUCAAAUUGAGCCUGAAAACAACCAAGGAUGCACAAGAUUAAUUGCACAGUAAUAGUAAGAGUAACAGGAGAGGAACUUGGUGUCCUUUUCAAUGGAUAAAAGCGGAUAUCUGAUGUUUUUUUUAAAAAAAGGUUGAAAAUCUCCAAUAUCAGCAAAAAAACAUAAUCAAGCAUUCCUACAACAGAGUAUGUUAAAACAAUAUCAAAAUAUCCACCCAUAAGAACCCAAGCAAUACAAGGAAAUGAGCUCAGAGGUCUGUAAUGAUUGAACCAUGUCUGUCUGAGUGGGCUUGAGAAGAGCCUAAAAGAAGUCUCAGACAGUGUUCACACCACAUUGUCCAUGUAGAUUCUCAUUCAUCCAGGUCGUGGUUAUCUUGAAGACUUACAACAGGCAACUGGACCUCUACACAGUCCAGUUGCCUGUUUUAAGUCUUCAAGAUUCACACCACAUUCAGUUUCACACUCAUUGAUUUAAGCUUCUUAUUCUGAGCAGGUGUUUCAUACUUCAGCUGUCCUGGGCUGCUCUCUGUGUUAAAUGCCGCGCCCUCUCAGCUGUGUGUCCGCUUGGCUUAGUUUUUAAGAGGCCACUAACAGGCUGCUUUUGAUUGAACGGUGGUCUGCACUCAGAAAAUGACUAGUUUUUGCUGAGAUGGCAGAAGCGAUGACACACACUCUCACACACACUAAUUUCUCAAGUUAUUAUUAAAAACCACACCUUACAACCUUACUGAUCUUCUCCUGUGCAAGCGUAAAAUGUGUUUUCUGCUUCAUUCCAGUGAGCAAAAAAAGGCAAUUGUUCACCAGCCAGAGCUCUGACAUCACACUGAUGUCAUGAUGUAGUAGUGGGUCAGUCAGUCAGACAUGUUAACACAGCCUCCUGUUCACAUGCAAAUCAGUCUGGCACAGACGUGUGUAUGUGUGCAUAAAUCCUUCUGCAGCACAAUAGUUCCCCUAAAACUUGGGUUUGUGUGUGUGUGUGUGUGUGUGUGUGUGUGUGUGUGUGUGUGUGUGUGUGUGUGUGUGGGCGCGCGCGCACGCUUAAUGAUCUUUGUCACAGCCACGAUUAAUGUCAGUACCUCUUGUUGUUUGUGUGCUUGUGUCUCCAUAGCGAUCCCAGCCCAACCAAUCAGAGGUUGAACAAGAAUGUGAACAAUGACGUGUCCCUUCGCCUUCACAACCUUACCGUUCUAACGAGACAAAUCAGGACAUACUACCAGGUACUCACACACACACACACACACACACACACACACACACACACACACACACACACACACACACAUAGAUAUUUAACAUUAGUUCAUUAACACAGUUCAUCUCGAACUGAAGCCCAGAGGACUUUUUCCCUGAUGAAAAAAAUGUAUCAUCUGCACACAAAUGGCACCAGAUUUAGGCUGUGUUCAAAUGGGGCUCAGUGUUCCCUCUGGUUUCACAGUAUGAAGCAAAAUUUAAGGCAUGCAUUUCCAUUUUUAUGCACAUUUUACCAUCCAACAUUUGCUUUAUUCUACAUACACACACACUUGAAACUUCUCUGUAAGCACUCACAGCUGUCAGUCCUGUCUGCUUUUCUUUGCCUGUGUGUGUCUGCCUCUUUCAGUGUCUUCAUCAGCAUCUGUGUCACAGUGGUUAUAAAAACCACAACUCAUAUUUUAAAUGUUUAUUUGUGAUUACACUCAGAGGACAACAUAGGGAGAAGGCUUGUUUAUACUGUUUCAAAUCAAAGCAUCCCAAAUCCAAAUCAGAGCAGUCUUGCAACAUAGAAGAAAACCUUGUUUUCAUAGGAGAGGUGGGUGUUUUUGAUUUUUUGUUUUCUGAUCUCCUGAAAGUGCUGAGGCCAUGGUGCACCAUGCAACUUCUCCACCAGGCCUCCAGCUUUAUCACAGGGACCUCCUGCAUCCAUUUAAAUAGAAUAUGUCCAUAUGUCCAAUUCUGAGCAAUUACAGGAUUUAAGAUGCACUGCUGUCUCUAACUGAUGCUUUGCCUGAUAAAGGUCUGGGACAGUCACAUCCCUCAUAAAUAAGUAUAAAUUACUGUAACAUAGGCUGGGUGUUUUGGUUCAUAUUCUUGAUUUUAUAAAGAUUAAAUGAACAAAUGCACCUGCACCCUGCUGUGGUGUAUAAAACACAGAGUACUUGUAAAACUGUAAGAUAUUAUUAGUUUCUGUUUGUCUUUCUGUUUGGAGAUGAUUUCUAUUUUUGUACAGUCAGCUGAGUCAUGUCAACCUGCAGGGUGCAUAUGCUUGUGUUUUUCAAUCAUUAUCAUCAUGUGUGUGUCUUCUGACUAGCUCAUUUCAGCAAGAGUGACACAUAGAUUUACAGGCCUGAAGGCAACACAAGCACACACAACACAGACAUGAUAGUGUGUAUGUGUGUUUGUGUGUGUGUGUAUUGAUAAUGGUUUACAUUGGUGUGGAUCAAUCUUAUUGGUUUGUUUUCUUGCUUUAGGACCAAAAAUCAAGUGAGUUUUGUGUAGUUGUCAUGCUCAGUGUUCCUGUCUCUCUCUGCUCCUCAGUGGAUGUCUGAGUUGGUUCACAGAGGGGAAUUUGCACUUCUGCAGCCCACAAACUGCUUCUUAAAGUUUGUCAAAUGGAAAGUUAUUCUUGUUUGCACAGGAAAACAGAUCUCUGAUAAGCAACUUCCAGCAUCUAUAAAAACUCGACCUCUUAGCAUGUUCCUGUGUCAGUGAACUCAGUCCUAUUCUCCUCUGUUCAGGCUCAGUGGAACGUUUAAAUGAACUUUGGCUCAGAGGUGAAGGGGUCGAGUGAGAAAGAUAUUUGUAUGGAACGUUUCCUGAGUUUAUUCUCUCUGUGCUACAGUGAAGGUUGUUUUCAUUCUGUAUUCAAAGCUGAUUCGGCACAGUGGAUUUCAACAGUAGCUUGUCUUUACUAGAAACUUCCUGCAGCAUAAUCUGACAUCUUUGUACAAGACUUUCUUCAUGUAAGGUGUCAAAUGUUGUGUUAAAUGUGUAUUCCUGUUCAAAAUAAUAUCAUGCUUUUAAUAACUAUUAACCACUACCUGCUUAUAACUAAUAAAAAAGGGGGUGCUCAUUCAUAAUUUAGUGCAAAUAUAGCACCAAGUUAGAUGGCACAAAAGAUUGUCACCAGGAGAGCUCCUCCAAAGUGAUGCUGAAACACCAAAACAGUUCAAGCUCUCCCUACUUACUGACUGCAGUAGAAGUUACAAAACCUGUGUAUAGACAUUUUCUCUGCUCUUGUCUCGGAAAUGAUUCUCCUUCUUUAGUCUCUUGAUCAGGUUCCCACAAUUAAAUUAUAUAAACAUCAUCUAUGUACUGACUCGGGUCAUUUUCAAGAGUUUUAGCACAUGCUAAAUUAAUGCAGCAUGUGUUCGAGUGUAACCCGUAUUUAUGUCCACUCGUUUGUGAACAUUUCUGCAUGCAACCGAAUGGAAAAAGGAGAGGAUGCUUAUAGAUCUGAGUGAAAUAAGGAAACACAAUUAAUUUAAGGGGAAGUUAUUGUUAAGCUAGGAAGAUGGAGCUAAGCAGGCUGGAGCCCUGGAACAGACAGUCUGUGUGAAGUGAUGGUCCACUGUAGCCCUUUGGGUUUGUUUAUGUCUAUCACCUCCACCUCUGUCUGUGUGUCUGUUUAAUGUGUCCACAGCCUCUGAAUUAAGGGCUUCAUUCAUCCUUUCAGACAUCACCACUGUCUUCAGAGCAAGUUUAAUGUCGAAGUUUGUCAGAUUGGAAAAUUAGACUUCGUCCACAAGUAUAAACUCAGGAGGCGUAACACCUGCAGAGUGAGUUUAAAGUGUCCCCAAAGAGAGUCAGAUUUGGCCCAAGUGUGUGUUAAACUGCUAAACAAUAACCUGAAGUGUGUGUUAAACUGUGACAAAUGUUUGCGUCAGUAAUGUUGUCAAUGAUGUAAUGUGAUCACGAUGCCAAAGCUAAUCACAUCUGUCCCUCAGAGGAGCAAAUCCUCUGUGCAUGCGCACGCUUUUUUUUUCAUAAACCAGAGAUAAGGAGAUCAGAUGCAGUUGGUUUGGCUGAGCUGCAGACACACACACACACACACACACACACACACACACACAACUUUGAGCUCCUACCCCACACAGCGAUUAGAGGGUGUGACAUAUGUAAUAAUUCACUGUCGAUGUUUUUAAUCUGGAGGAAGAUAAUCAGACUAGUCUUUAUUUAUAUUUACAUUUCAGUGUUCUUUAACAAGUUUGAAUUACAUUUAUUGAGAUAAUCUAUGUCCAAACAGUCAAACAGUGUAAUCUGUUUUUGCAUUAAUACUAAAAUGAUUGAAUAUGACAUGAAAUACUGACACCGUUAUUGGUUUGUAGCCCACAGCGGUCAAUCAGUCGAGUUUAAAACCACAUAGCUGCUUAACAUGAUCAGUGCGCGUUACUGCCAAGAAAAAAAAAACGUGAAAGCUGGUUGAAAAGUUAGUGACUAAAUCAUUUCAUGUAAAUCAAAAAGAGCUUGUGUCUGUGCUUGUGCAUGAUAUAAAGGAGACAAUGAUUGUUUUUAGCUGAAUUCAAAAUCAAUCACAGACUAAUCUGUAGAUAUAAUCAUGUGACCUAAGAAAGACACAAAGCUCGUCACUAAUUUGUGUUUCUCAGAUAAAUCAACAACAUUAAGUAAGUGCAGCUCAUGCAGGUCAGACACAACAAAGGUCACAUCUGCUGCUGACUGUUUGUGUGUACACUGAAUGAAGUGGGUCAUUCUGGGAAGUACAGGGUUAAUGUGUCCAUGAUGGUUAAUCUCUAACCACCAUGGCCUUGACACACACACACACACACACACACACACUCUCUCACACACACACACACACACACACACACACACACACACACACACACGCCCAGACACGUGCACACACACCUCAUAGUUUAGUGAGUUAUGAGCCUCAGAAUGUGGCCUAAGGAUCAGCUGCAGAAACCACACACACACACACACACACACACACACACACACACAGUCGUUCACAUAGGGCUAGGUGUUGUCUUUCUCUUCAUUAGACGAUGUCUCAGCAGACGGGCCAACUGACUCUCAAGUCUCCCCAGUGAGCACCAACUGUGUGUGUGUGUGCGUGCGUGCGUGCAUGUGUGUGUGUGUGUGUGUGUGAGUGUCAGAGAGAGAGAGAGCACGGGGGGGUGUCAUUCACCUCCCUUCUGUUCCCUCUCCGCUGCACAAAGCACAGUAACCCGAUCUCACACGCUCUGAAUACUCAACUAUUUACUCUUUUCACACUGCUGCAGGAUUUAACGUCUAACUGGUCAACCUGAGAGCUCAAAGACUAGACUGAAUGGUUGACAGAGAAAAAUUAAAAAAAACACACACACACACACACACACACACACACACACACACACACACACACACACACACACACACACACACACACACACACACACACACACACAGUUAUAGCUACAUUUUGAUAUUAUAGAUUCAUAGAUUUAAUUGAAGAUCCCUGAAUCUCCUUAACUGGAGUGAUGAAAUAUCACCAGUUUUCAUAUCAUUCCUCCUUCUUAUUUUUGACUCCCAAUAACCAAAUGAUUUUUGCUUGGUAAUUAAAAUAUUGGAAACAGCUGUUACCUUUGUACCGGCUGAGCUGCCAGAUUACAUUGAUAAGAAUAUCAAUCUUAAAGGUGAAUACAGGUGCAGAAACAAACCAAACUUGGUGUGUGGAGUUGAGCUUAACUCCUUUUCCCGGUUCAAGAGAGUGUCAUUGAUUCUGCACGCACACUGGUCAGCUCUCUGUGAGUGAGAGAAUGCACUGAAGUGAUAUGAGACAGACUUUUGUUUUGAAUCAAUCAUGGAAAAUGAGAGAGUGCUGACAGCAUGGCAGGUUAAGGUCAUAUGCCUGACAUGUGGGUAAUGCACAUGUGCAUAUGGAAUUUGCAUUGUUCAGUAGUCCCAGCUCUUACCAGUGUCUUAAUUUGGGAAUUAAAUAACUGUACUUGAAUUGAAUUGCUGCUGAAAUUUACUCUAUAUUCAUGUAUUUGAGAUUUAUCAUUCAAAUGAAUAGAGUAGAGUAAAAUACAAAAUCAGAGAAGAAGAGUCAAAGCGGUAAAACAGCUGAAAAUAUAACUAAUAGAAAGAGAAGGGGUAGCAAUCAUGCACCAAGUUUCAGCAUCAUAAUAAAUGUUAUUCAUAAGAAUGGUAUUGCAUUUAAUAUAUACGCCACAUGAGAUGUAAUGGCAUGGUGACCACCUGCAUUAGCACCAAGGUAAUUAUUGCACAUUAGAUAUUAUUACACUGAUAGAAAUAUGCAGAAGUGCAUGUAUUAAUGUCAGUAUGGACUGGUAUUGGGGCAUUGAUGUCCUAACAGUCUAAGCAGUCCUCAUCAUAUAGAGGCUAUAGUCCUCCUUGCCGCGGUCCCUAGUUUGAUUCUUCCUCCUCUCUCUACUACAUUUCUUGUCUCUUUUAAGCUAUUUUUUUAAAGGGGCCAGAAUUUAACUUCAAUACGUUUUUUGCUAUUAUUCUGAGUAGGGAUGUCCUGAUCCAAUAUUGAUAUCAGAUAUCGGUCCGAUAUCAGUAAUAAAACGAAUAUUGGGUUAUAUCGGCCUCCAUCUAAAAAUCUCCGCUAUCAGCUCUCCGAUACAAGGAGUCCAUUCCAGACUCGAGCACCUCUAUCUAGCAGUGCUGGGGUCCAGCAUGCAGAAUCCAUAUAAUCACAACAACAGUGUGAACUAAAGUAUUAACAAAGUAGCAAGGAGUUGAAGUGAUGUCGGCUGUGUGGCUGUAUUUUAGUGCUAAACUUGCCAUGCACAAGUUUGUGCUAAUAUCGGACCAAUAUCAGCAACAGCCAUUACUGAAAGCGACAAUUUGGUAUUGUAUCGGAAGUAAAAAAAAUGCUGUAUCGGGACACACCUAAUUCUGAGAUCAGUUGGUGAUUCACUUAUGUUCAGUGAUCCCUGCUUAAAGCAACAGCAUUAGUUUUUCUCAGGAGUUCCAGUUUGGCUGCUUUUCUGUUGAAUACUGGCCCUGAAAAAAAUGACACUGUCGUUCCUGUGACAGCAAGACCAUGACUGCUCAAAACAUACUGAUUGGGGGCAUCCCCUAGACCUUAACCACAGGUCAUAUAAUGGAUUUAUAAUACAAGAGAAAAACUUGAUACUUCACUCAGUGUAGUUUUACACCAAAGAAGCUUCAGAUUUUAAUGUUGCUACAGGGAGAAAUUGUGACAAAAUAUGCAAAACUGUGAGGUCAACUGACAUGAAAUGAAUUUUCAAGGAGUUAGCAGGACUGUAGUACAACUAAACUCUUUUAUUACAUCCAAACAACACAAGCAUGAGAGGAAGCAGGAAUUUUAAGACACAGGCGGCUCUAUUGUCAGUGUAAAAAAUGACAACACAGUCAUCACUGUGUCUGUUACAGGAAAACUGACAAGAACAUUCAGGGUGGACGUCACACAUUUCCUAAGCUCAUUCCUUCUAACCGAAGAGCCUGUAAUGCUAAGACCCUUUAGUCUGAGGUUUAUUGUCGUCUUGUAACCGAAGCAGUAGACUCCCUCUUCCUAUUUUCUACAGCUCUUUUCCCCCUCUGUCUUUAUCCCUCCUUGGUUACCGUGGGAACUGAGGAACAAAGCCCUGCGCUUUCAUGGGAUGUUUUGAACUUCAUAUCCUCUGGCCUACUUUGUACAGACUCUCGCCCUGCUUGCUGGGUAGAUAUUGGACAACGUGGAUGAUAUCCAGUGUGAGUGUGUGUUUGGGUGAGGCAGGACUGUAAGGUUAUCAGAGUGCAGGGCUGACGGGGUCUCUUUUUAACUUGAGGUGUUGUGUGUGUGUGUGUUAUCCUGAGGUCUUUUGAUAGUAGCAGGGAAUGACUGGGAGGCUCCAUGUGCAAAUAGAAAAAAAAGGGAGGAAGGGUUGCUAUGGAGAUGAAGUGAACUUUUUCUUGUUCCCCGCUUCAUUCAGACGAUCUCUGAAAAUUUUAACUAUGUGAAAAAUCUUACAAAAAGACAAUCUUGAACUACAGCUUUUUUGUAUUUUAGAGUAAAGUUAUAAUCUUUCUUAAUACGAAAUCCACGGCUUUAUCCAUUGUAUCAGACGACCACUGCAAACACUGCAUUUGGUUAUCCUCUGAAGAUAUCCCUGAUCUUACAGAGCAGAGUAUCUUAAACAGAUGUCAGUUUAAUGUAAUAAAACUUUAGACCUCUUGCUUAAAGAAAAACAAAGAUACACAUUUUUAUUUUGGCUUCCUACUAGUGUGUAACACUAAUUGACUGUCAAAUCUCUCUGCACUCUACAAAUUUUCCAAAGCUGCUUGUUGACACAUGUCCCUCACAGUGUGAAGUCUUUCCUGCGCAUGAGGGUGAUGAUGAGCUGGAAGACAAGUCUGAGGAGGCAGGCCAUGACAUCACAAUCAUGUUUACAAAACAACAGACAUUAAUAUCCAUGCAACAUACAAAGAGAGGAUGUGCUGAUAUGUCUCUCAGCCUUGAAUGUUUGGAUUCAUCCUGUUCUGUGUUACUCUUUUGGCUUUGAACUGGUUGCAUGAUACUUGCAUCUUCCUCCCUGCCUGCUGCUCCUGCUGAAUUUUCCAGAUGUUUCAUGCUGCACUCUCACCCCCACUCCAUGAGGGUACUUCAAAAGACUGGAAAGAGGAAUUCUGGGUAGUCAGGAUGGAAUUUUGAUUGUUUGUGUUGACACAUUCGGCUUAUCCAGAGAUGUGUGCAGCUUUAUGUGAAAUUGCUAAAUUUUUAUUCAUAAACUCCAAAAUGUGAAGCACACAAACACACUUCAUGCUUCUACUACUAAUGUCAGGGGUUUUUGCAGGUAAAAGGAUGGAGAACCAUUUCCAGCUAUUAAAAUGGUGUUUCCAUUCAAAUCUGCAUCCUUCUUCCAUCACUGUGUCAUCAUCUUUACGGAUGUAGCUCCAGGUUCAAACCGCUGAUAAUACUCUCUUUUUGUGACCUCUGAAGAGUCAUUUGUGCUUUUUGUCAUUGUGAUUUUAUUUUUGGCUUCUGCUCAAUUUCUUGAUUGAUUUAAACGAAGUCUUUACUGAUGCAGUUGUUGGCACCAGUAGUUACUAGUUCUUCCAACAGAUGUAAAACUUGAUUGAAAUUUUAAAAAAAUCAUUUGAUCUUGUUUAUUUGUUUUUUUCUUUCCAAAUAUCUGCAUGGAUGAGAGAAAUUUGCUGAUGUUUACCUGCCAAACCCACUUGGUCACUUCUGCGGUUCUAACUUAAAAGAUAAAUUUACUGAUUUUCACAAAAAAGGAACAAGAGAAGUCUGUUGUUUUGGUUUUAAGGCAGCAAAAGAGGGGAGAAAGUUCUGCAGCAUCAGCUGCAAAGUCCGAUCUUUGGUUCUCUGCCACCGUUUUAUUGAUCUGGGAUUAGAAAUGUGAGCCCACUGUGUUAGUGGGACAUGGAUCUAGGCCUUGUGUGAAUGUGUGUGUAUGUGUGUGUGUGUGUGUGUGUUUGUGAGUGUAAAUGGGUCAUGUAGCAGGCUGUAUUGAUCCCUUGUCAGUUUAAAGUGUUGGAUCCUGCUGGUGAUGUUGCUGCAGGAGAAUCUGUAUAGAUCUGGACCAAUAGUAGUUCACACACUCACGGUGCAAACCAGCCUGAGAGCGCACUUUGAUUACAUGUGGACUUUUAACAUGUUUGCACAAAAAUAAACAGCACAUAAAUUAACAUACUGUCUAUUUUAUACAGUGCAGGUGCAGCCGAGUGUAACUCAAUCUAUCUCAUCUAUAAUAAAUAACCAGUGAGUUAGUAUUGACCUUUGGCCUUCAUCUGUUUGACUCAAUGGAGAAACAACCCAAACUCAUCAUCAUGUGUUUUUGGACUCUUAUGUUAUUCUCCUUAAACGCACAGCAGCUGUAUUAACAUAUCCGCUCGUAUUUGUUAACUUACUAGUCAAACUGGGCUGUGAUUGGCUGGUGAGAACUUGGGGAGAGGUGUGGGUAGAACUGGAUUUGGUAACUUGGUGUUUCUGUCUCGGCCCAGCUGGUCCACUUUUUGCCACCCUUGUUACAGUUCCACGCCAGUGACUGGACUAGUUUACUCCGAUGGGUGCAGCAGCUCUAUUUUAAAGCUCUUAUGGUGUUGGAAAACUGAAGGGAGGGUGACUUUUGUGUAAGGCGUCUGUCUUGAUCACAGAAUCACGCUUCAAUUUGCACAAUUAGGGACAAAGGUGACUGACAGUUGGUGCAAUCCAGCUGUUAACCAGGAGGCUUAAGAAAACCUCUUUCAAGCCUGCUUCAGCUCCAGGUCUUGGGUUGUACACAGGCAGGGGAUGCAUAUUAUUGUUAGGAAAACCAUUCUAAAGUGAAUUCUGCAUAAUAUGGGACCUUUAGUAAAAAUGAGAUUAAUGUAAAGGUUAGUGCUUUAUCUUCAGAAAAUGCUCAUUUUCCACAUCUAUUUGUAUUUGCCAACAAGAUGGACCUUUACGUUAGUGUGUCCUACAAAUAUGGCAGCAAUGGAACGGAACAGGCGUUUUUGUUUUUUUGUCAGUGGCUACCACUGCCACAACCUCGCUUCAUUACAAACAAUGAGCAGCAUCACUCAGAUUACGUCCACUCUUUAUUCUGUCUAUGUGUAAAACACACUAAUAUAAUCUACACCCAAAAACGCUGAUUAUCACUUCAAAUCUGAAUUUAAGGGCUUUCUUUUGUUGGCCAUAAUUGUAAUCGUAAUGCUGUGUUCAGUUAUAGACUUUAGACUUUCCAGAUUGUUCUGUGAAUAAAAUUAGAAACAAAAACUUGGCAAAAGUUUCAAACCAACUGUGUCUCUCCUGAAGUCCUGCUGUGUCUUAAAGACACCUGGCAGCCAGCUCACAUGUUUUAUUUACUAUUUACUCCUCUGUGUGUGUGUGUGCGUGCGUGCGUGAGAGAGCGAGAGAGAGAGAGAGAGGGGCUGGUCAGGUCUCUCAUUACCUCCUGGUGUAUUAGAUGGUGUAACUCUAUCUGCAGGUAUUUUACUCCCCUGAAGCCCAGUUGUAGCUGUGGUGUAAACUGAUAGUGCAUUUAUCCGCCUGGUUAGCAGAUGACUCUCUGGACUGCAGCAUUAAGCAGACACAAGCCUGUAUAAGACAUUUAAAUGCUUUACAGAGUCCAACAUGUUAUUUUGAUACUUCCUUGUUGUUUCCUGCUGUUUAUGUAAGACUUUGUGCGCUGCAGGUGUCUUCUGUGUUUAUGGCUGUUUUAUCCUGGCUGACACUCCCAAUAUAUCUUCCCUCGUCCCCUUCCUUGCAUCAUUUCUCUCACUCUAAUUUCUUCCUUUGAGACCUGGUUUCCCUUACAUAUUUCCUUAUCCCCUAACAGCUUUCUUUGGCAGACAAAGGACAUGUUUUGAUUAGGACAGUGCGCCUCUGCCCUUCCUCCCGCUCUGAGCAAAAAGGAUUUAUCAGAGUUAAUAAGAAAAUAAGGAUAUUGUUCUGUUUUUGGGUCUGUUUGGACAGUCAGGUGUGUUUGGGAAGGCAGGGGAGGAUAUUCUGGUAUGGAAACUAUUCCCUCCCAGCGUGCAGUUUCUUUCCUGACUCGGACACACACUCUCUUUGUGUUCCUGUUGGCUGCUGGCCUAAACACACUUGCACACAAACACACAUGUCUGGGUCAGUUGGUGGCCGGACUUUAAUUCAAUUCUGCAAAAUGUGUUCAAUUCAAAGCUGAGAAGACCUGCAAACACUCACAGCUCUGCUUCCACAUUUACAACCCAGUACACAAGCUGGUCUCAAAGCACUAUUUAAAAUACUCAACAUAUUUCUGUCGAGCCCUGUUGUCUCUUUCUUUUGCAGCACACUCUGAAAAGUAGGGAUGUUCACAACUUACUAACUUCCUCUCAGAAAGUGGCACAAUCUUUUUCACAUGACUGAAUGACUGACCACAGGAACACAGCAUCUGUAGGUAAAGCAUUAUCAGAUCAGCAGAGGUGACAACCCCAGCCUUCAGUCUGUCUGCAUGGCCAUGCUGGGUACACUGUGUUCUGUCUGAAUGGUUAUAUGUCAGUUUUAAGCAGAUACAGCCGAACAUGCUGGUUUAUUUCCAGUUUCCUUUCACACCACAAAGUGCUAUGUGUCAUCUGUGUUGGGUAGUCAAGCUUUAUAAGUCUCUGACCUACUAGUAAACCUGUUGCUAACUAGCAAGGGUGACCUUGUUUAAACAUUAAGUGAGCUAAACCCACUCAUUCUUAGUCCUAAGUUUAGUACGAGUACGUGUCAGUGGACUGUCUGCAGAAGCUGUAAAUCUCUUUUUGCUGAAGGAUGCCAAUAAUACAAGAAUAUUCAGCUGACUUAAUGUUGUCACAUUACAAAGGAUUAUAUCAGAGAAACAAAACUGAAGAUUUUAGGGGAAAAAAUCAGAAUAUUAUGAGAAUAAAGUCAUUUAACGUUGUCUCUAAUGUUUUGUUACCUCAGCACCACAUUGUUAUGAGUAUCAGGGGCAAAAACCCUGAGACGUGGCAUUCCUUGUUGGCGUAAUAUGAUAUCUAUGAUAUAACGACUUAAUUACAACUUUGUUCUGGUCAGAAAGUGACUUAAAAACCUUUUUUUGUAUGUGGCCCUAAAACUCUGUUGUAAUGACAUUAACAAUUUAAACCAACAAAAAUAUCCAACAGAGUCUUAAUUUUUUUUUAACUGCAGCUAUUCAAUAUAAAAUUUGCAUAUGCAUGACUUAACAUAUCAGCUGGUAACAGACACAGAUGUAUUAGGAUAUAAACUGGUCAACAGAUAACAAGAAAACUGUAAUCUGGACUAGAGAUGUUACAAAAAUGGACCCUCUUUUAAACCCUUUGGAGCAGUAAGUGCAGAAAAGUACCUGUGGGCCUUUGAAAGCUUCCAAAGUUUAAAAUCCACCUGUCCUGAGCUCAUGUCUAAAUCACAAUCCUGGAAAGAUCUAACCAGAGUGCAGAGGUGUUUACUGUACAAAUGAGUAACACAUCCUUGUAUUUCUCUCCCUCCUCCUUCUCUCUACAGGAGACCUUACAGCAGCUCAUAGUCAUGCCUCUCCCUAACAUCCUGUGCAUCGCCAAGGAUCCACUAUCAGGUACAACACUCCCACAUGUUCCUCACCUGGUAUCAGGUAUUCUUUUAUGAAUCAUUGCUGCUAAAUGGACUCACAACCAUACGCUGUGUUUAAUAGUCCUCUGUUAUCUCAUGAUUGUUGAGUUUACAUUUACAACCUUUAUGAAGUGAAAUCAAGUCAAAUAUGUCCUCUAAGCCUUCUCUGAUAUGUUCAAGUUUCAAUGAGGUCCUUCCUCUAACAGCAGACCAAGUAUGGAGGGGGAACUCCACUCAGUUGCUCCUGUGUUUAUAUCAUGAUCAAACUAACUCGUUCAGAGCUUUUGCUAUAAUGGGAUUUAAGUCACAUUUGCUGCUGUUUGAAAUGCAGAUCCAAUCAGAUUUUUAUGGAUUAGUCUCUGUCCAGCUGUGGCAGCUCUAAUGGGAUUUUAAAGGAUCUUUUGUGUCCAUUGCAACUUGACACACAAUGACGGUGUCAAAUCUAGAGUGAUGGAUGACAGUCAGAAACGCUGCUGCAGCGAAAACAACGCUGAGCUGAGUCUGUCUGGAGCAAAGGACAACUUCAGCACAGAGGUCAGAUAGUUUGAAUGGUCACUUAAUACUGCGCAAGGCCAACUUGCUCACUCUGGUGAGUCUGUGCCACAUUUACAAUGCAAGAUUUGUUAUUUACAUGUAAACACUAGAGGAGAGAGAAAAUGUUUUAGACUGGAGAGCUCAGAGAGAAGGCUUUAAAUAACUUCAUAAGCAAAUAUACAAAACAAAUUUAUAUGAAUGUGCCUCUAAAGCUCCUGUUGGAAACUUAUGGCUUGAAUCGAUUGUGGCGCCCCCUGUGGACAAAGCAGCACCUCAGCACUUUACUUGUCUUGUAAAUGCAUGUCUUUAAAUAUCUUCUUUAAUCCGGAGUGCAUUAUUUGAACGGUCAAAUACAUGAAUCAGUGAAAAUCCUGACAAUUGGAAACCUUAAAAAUAAAGGCUGUUUUUAUGGCCCAGCCAGGCUAUGUUUUUGUAGCAUGCUGACAGUCAGGCUAGUGCCAACCCUUAACUGCUGGUUUUAGAUGAUGACAUUAUGAUCCAAUCUUUAGGCUUAUGUGCCGGUUUGCUUUUGUAGGCAUUGAACAGAUAACAGGAUUGGUUUCACUUUGUUUUAUAGCCUGUUAAAAACUCAACACAAGAGAGUUGUGACUAAAAAAUCACUCAUGAGCUCAUAAGAAGCUGCAGGUUGACACAAAACUGAAGCAAAAGCUUGAAUGAAUCUGACCGCGCUUGAAAAACCAACAAGGUAAUGACACAUUUUUAUUCAGUUGAAUCCAGUAUGAUUGAUCGCCAACUUUUUAAGGCACUUUUGUAAUAUAAGAGCCCCCUCAAAACCUGCUCUGUUCUUAAUAGGCUGUGUAUUGUUUUAGGCAGACUUCAAACUGGGUGCAUAUUGGCUGUGGUCUUCACACCAGCUGCGUGUUGGCUGUAUGUUGCUGCUGUCAGCUGCUUUUUCUGAAGUUUAACUCAAAUCAGGGCUAUAAACUAUCUGAUAUUACAAUGUCCCAGCUGAGUAAAGAGCAGAAAGAUUGAUUCUCUACAGUUGAAGGCCAAGAUUAUCUUUUGCCCCCCUGCAGAUUCUGAUCACUAAAUGUAAAUGCACAUAUGGGUCUCUCAGACUGUGUUGUGCCUGAACAGGGUUAAGCUUUAAAAAGUAAGACCUCAAUUUAAAUUUAGGCAAAAGCAGCUGUAUACCCAAAGAGAGGGAGAGGAAGUAGGACAAAAAGAGGGGGAUGGAUCUGGUCUCAAGUGUUAUUUUGUUGGCCUGUUCAAAUGAUGCACCUAAAGCUUACAUGGUUUAUGACUCAGUUUGCAUGAAUUUUUUUUUUCAUUGUCAAGGGAUGGUUUCAGGUUUUAUUCAGGUUUUGGUGUAUUAGUCCUACAGGAAAACUGUCCUACCUAGGCUGAAAACAGUUGCUUCAGAAACCAGACGCCAAACAACUGCAUGCAGAGAAAGAAAGAGAUCACAUCAGAGAGAAUAUUGUCUGCAAACUGAAACUGUUUCCUGCCAAAUAGUGUAACCACAUGAUUUACGACAGUUGUUCUGUCGCAGAAAGUUUGGCAAUGACUCAAGUAAAGAUCUGUACCAGUGACUUCAUUAAAUUAAUUUUUGCAUUGUGGCAAAAUUUGGGCCAGAGCUUCACAUGAACCCAAAAAACUUGACUUUUUUGGCAUGUCAGAUCAGUUGCACUCCUCACACCUGCAGUGUUGAACCUGCUCUACACUCAUGCAGCUGGUCUACUCUGAAUUCAUGCAACAAAUCAAAACUUGACCAUAACUCUGACGUGUGCAUUGUUUCUGACACCUAUGCUGUGAGCACUUUGAGUCUUUCAGAUGUGUUGAUGAUCUUUGAUGUGAUCACUCUGAACUAACAGUGCAGAUAGUCCAUCUUGGAUCUGAUCUUUGACAAACAAAUAUGAUUAGCUUGCAGCCUGAACAUAGCUUGAGUCUACCUGGCUUUCAUUAUUCUGUCAUGAUUAUGCACAUAUUGAAGAAUCAUUAUCGCCCGCACCAGGCUGCAUAAAUCAAAAUCUUGCUUUUACUUGCUGACAGAGUGAUUCAAUUGAAUGAUAAGAGAUUUUGCAGAAGAUAGCAGCUGAUGAAGGAGUCUGUCAUGAUGAGCAGUAGGCGUGCUGUGGUGCAGCCUAAUGUGUGAAAUACCUUCAGGCACCAGCACACAAACACAUAACUCAAAAAAACCGGCACUUUGUUGUUUAUGACACAUCAUUUUCUUGGCUUCACGUUGCAGGUUGUAGGAGCACAUGGUCCUCUGCAUUAAAUUUUGAGAGAUACUUCACAUUUCUACUCUUACAAGUGUUUCUUUGUGCUUUUUAAUUUCCAGCUAAGAGCAUGGAGGAGCUGAAAAGACUUUUGUUGCUGAUACUCGGCUGUGCUGUCCAGGUAACACACAUUUUUCUGUACCACCCAGUCUCUCCCAGGAAGUGAGUCUGUUUAGUUUUGCAUGUCUGAGCAGAGCUGCUCGGUGUGUGUGUGAUGAUAAGUGCAUGUGGGUGUGUCUGCAGGAUCAAAACACUCAUGCAGAGACAUCAGUGUUUUUUAUAUUUUAAUAACCACAAGAGUUAUGGCGCUAUUUCAUAAAAACCUUGAAGGGUGUUUGGCAUACUUUGACAGUUUCAGAGCCCUGCUUGAGGGAACUCCAAUUUUUUGAUCUUUAUUAAUCUUAAAACAAGUUUUCAAAGGAGCAGCAUUUCACCCAGUUUUACUGCAGGGAUGGGAAGUUUAGGGUAAAUUGGGUCACCUGUAAUGAAAGAGGAGGGGAUGGUCAUGUGGGAGGUCGGGGCUCAGGUGUUUUCCCUGUCUGUGUUUGUUUGUUCAGCUCUUUGUUGUUUCUCAUUUCCACCCCUCCCAAAGCUCUGAACACACCGCCUUUUUCCUUACCUUUCUUUUCCCUGCGGCUACUCCUCUAUCUCUCUCCUCCUCACUCCCUCUUUCCUCGUUUUAUCUCCUUUUCUUUUGAGUCUCCCCUCCCUUUGUCUCCCGCCUUACCAGCCUGUUCAGGUUCUACUGGUUCCAGGAGAGAGGAAGCUCCAUGAGGGAGCAAUGAAUGGAAACACAGAGGCAAAGGAGGAAGGGUGGAUAAAGCCACAUGAAAAUGUUGUUGAUGUUUUAACAAAACAAGUCUUUCUUCAAAUAGACAUGCCAAACAACCUUGUCCUCUUCUAAUGACUGCAUAGAAAAUCUGUAUCAAACUGUGGACCCUAUUCAGACAUGUUCCCCUUUCUGUUUUUGUCUGUCUUUGUGUAUUUAGUGUUACCGAAAAGAGGAGAUGAUUGAGAAGAUUAAGCUGCUGGACAUUGGGACACAAGCUGCCAUUGUCUCUCACAUCCAAGAGGUCAGAUAAGCACAUAAGCAAGGACCGAAAAAAGCUUAUAAAUGCACAUCACGACUUUGAACAUCUGAUGUGAUAGUUUCCCAAAUUCAGUGUAAUCAUCUCUGAAAUCAGAAGUCAAACAACACAAACUCGACCCCUUUUUUCCUGGUGCUUUUUUUAUAUUAAUAAAAAAAUAAAAAAACAACACAAUCAGUUGUAUUCAGCAAGAGUGGAGCGACACUUUACUCCAUAAACUUCACUAAUAAAUACAGUAGGCUUACAUAUCAUUUAUUUCUCUCCAUGUCCAAGUUUAUGAUUUAUCCACAUCAUCAGCUCUGUGACUGAAACCUCUUUGGUGAAGAUACCACCUCAAUGAAUGAUUGUUUUUCCAUCCUCUCAUUAUGAUAUUUUUGUAAUGUGCUUUAUUUUUACAGUAUAAGUGACUUCUGUUGGAUCAGACGUUAGAAAACUGAGUGAAACUCUCAGUAUGACUUCAUAAUACUUUAUUUAAACACAGUAUCAAUAUAUUGUUUCUUUAAAAAGACCGUUAUCAUCUAUACUUGUAUGUUGAAACUGCCCUGAUGUUUACUUGCAGUUUGGGGUUGGGGGUUUAUCAGGCAUACCAUCGAUUUUUCACACACACUUUUAAUUUCAGCACAGUUAAAUUGGAAAAUUAUUUAAUAAGCAGUGAAAAUACAAGGCUGUGGUUUUGCCAGUUGGAAUAAUAAUCUUGAUUGGAAAUGCUAAAGAAACGCAGGAAUUCAAGCAGUGGUGAUAGAUUGUAUUUUACAACUUCAAUUCUUAUAUUUAAGAGAAGUGCAUUCAAUUAAAUGUGUGUUUUACAGGUGACUCACAACCAGCUGAAUGUCUUGGACUUGUCCUGGCUGGAGGAAGGGUCAGAGCUUGCACCUGAAGAGCUCACACCCCUGUCCAGAAACAUGGCGGUGUCUCUGCAGCAGCUGAUCGACCAGAGAGACAAAGCCAGCGAGGUAUAGACAUGCACGCACGCAUCACUGUUUUAGAAAUGAGAGGAUUAGAUUAGAUACAACUUUAUUUAUCUUUUUGGGAGGGUCCCCUCAAAGAAAUUAAGUAUUAAUUAAGUUUGCAUUUGACAUUUGUGUCAGAAAAUUACAUUUUGAAUUAUUCCAUCUGUGUUCUGCUGCAUUUAUCAUGUAAAUUUGAAGGUGUUAAUUCAACCCACACUUUCUCCCUCAAGGUGAUUGUGGAUCUGACUCAGGAGAGGGACUACCUGUCCAGUCAGCAGUCCGGGGAAGGGUGCAGAAACCUGGGUAUGAACAGCCCGGACCGUGGGCAGAGCUCUGGAGGUGUGGGAGUGAUGAACGGGGGAUCAGCUGUCACAGUGCCCGGUCUGACCAAAGAAGAGAAGCAGCAUCUGUCCGUGGAGCUCGCUGACACCAAGGCCAAGCUUCGCAGAUACAGACAAGAACUGUGAGUACUUCACGGCCUGAUAAAGAAAGUCAACCUCCGGGCGCAGAAACAAAAAAGUCUGUGUGGGACUGUAUCAGCUGUAUCAGCGCUGAUACAGUCCCACAGUGUGUGGUGAUACGUGUAGCAGCUGGUAGCCAUUAAACGCCCAACACAGGGUAUUACACUGUCUGGUUCUGAUCUGCAGGGUAAUCACACAGGGGAUCCAUCUAUUUACAGAUGAACCAAACACACCACUUUAUAAACAUAAGCUGAUUCUUUCAGCAGGACGUAUUAAAGGCUGAAAUAAAACAAGUUUACUGAAUGUUUCUCAUCCCUCAGUGGUGUCAGUCCUAAAGGUCUUUAAGUACUAUCACUUCACCAGUUUUUUUUUUUUUUUGGCUAUUUAUACAACACAAUGAUGGAUUGUAACGUGUUUAGUUGAAACUUAUCUAUUUUUUGUGUGUAUGUGUGUUUGCAGAGAAGAGAAAACAGAGCAGCUGAUGGAUUCAAAACAUGAAGUGGAGCGUCAGGAUCAGGAGCUACAGAGGCUAAAACAAGAGGUCAGGAGCUGCUCACUCUGAACUUGACUUGAUGACCAUGACGAUGAAAUCGAAGUAAAACUGUGAAGAGUGAUGAAGUCAAACACCAAUAAAAUCUACACCUGCUGCCUGAGUUGUCUGACGAAAGUGAUGUUGUGUGUAUCUGUGGUUUCACUCAGAAUCAGUCUCUGUCAUGUGAGGCGCGCUCGGUCAGAUUGUACCGGGACGAGGUGGACUCUCUGAGGGAGAAAGCGUCCCGAGUGGACAGACUGGAGACCGAGCUGACACGAUGUAGAGAAAAACUCAAUGAUGUUCAUUUCUACAAGACCAGAGUGGAGGUAAUGUAGCACAGCUUCAAUGUGUUCAGCUCUUACCUAGAAGAUCAGAUGUUUAUUUUCAUGUUGCACUCCAAUGUCCAUGAUCAUGUGUUAAUUUACAGGAUAUAAUUUGACAUUGUGCAUUUUUGUGUGUGCGGUCAUGCAGGAGCUUCGUGAAGACAACCUGACUCUGAUGGAAACAAAGGUGCUGCUAGAGGAGCAGUUGUCAGCCUCCAGGGGGCGCUGUGAUAAACUGCACACACUGGAGAAAGACAACCUGCUACUGCGAGCGAAAAUACACGACCUGGAAAUGGUAUUAGUGUUACUUCAUCUAAUAUUUAUAAGUCGAACUGACUAGUUUUGACUUUAACAUACUCAGAGAAUGUACAGGAUACGAUCUCAAUGUCCACCAAAUCAGCUUCAUAAAUUACGUUUACACAUGUCCCUCCAUUUCAGCCCUCAGUAUUACACAGUCGGGGUAUUUGUGGGUUUCUGAUCAUGUUUGUUGAUGUUUUUCAGGUGAGAGACAAUGAACGCAGACGUUUGGAGGAGCUGGUGGAGGAGAACAUGCUGCUGGAGAUCGGUCAGAAGCAGAGCAUGAAUGAAUCAGCUCAUCUUGGCUGGGAGCUGGAACAGCUGACCAAGAACCAUGACAACACUAACACAGAGAGUAAGACACACACUUUGGUUUUAAUAUCCCGUUCUUAAACAUGAUCCCUUUUUCAAUUCAGUCCAAACCAUUCGAUUCCCUUUUUGCAGCUCGUAAGUCGUUGGUCCAUGAACUGAAUGAGUGCGUUUCUAGUCGGGUGUUGAAGCUGGAGAAGGAAAACCGGGAGCUUCAGGCCUCGAUAGAGAGACUGAAGGAGGACAACCACCAACUGCAGGAGAAGCAGCUUCAUACACAAGAGCUGGACAGAGAGAACCAGAGCCUCAGCAAGAAGGUAGGAGGCAGGACUCUGCUGGAGGAUUUAGCCAAUUCAUAAAACUGGGCUUUCCUCUUGACCUACAUGUUGUAGAUUUCUAGAUACAGAAACUAGAAUUGCUACAUUAGAUUUCUGAACAGAUGUUAGUACUCAGAUGUCUCUCUGUCCGCUGACAACCUCUGUAAAAUAUGUCCGCUUAGCUCACGAUACCAAUUGCAAGAAAGUAGGACAGAAUUACAGCUGCAGCUUUGACAUUUUACCUGUUGGUCCAGUAGUCUUUCUUUCUUUUCUUUCUUCACUCAUUAAGACCACCAAAUCAUGUAGAAAAGAAAGGGUAUCUGUGCACAGAACAUGCAAAGAUUGGGAAAUUUGGCUGUAAGAAGAAAAAUACAGGGACUGAAUGGCAGGUAGAUGGACACAUUAUGGGGCUUCAUACUGAAUGUUUAUGGAUUGAUAUCACAUUUGUCAUUGGUACUUUUUUGAAUGUCGAUGAUAAUUACAGUGUUUUUAUUUUGAUUCUUUCUAGUUGGAGCGUCUCCAGGGUUUACUGGACCAGGAGAGACUGACCAAUCAGGACAUGGAGUCUCUUGGAGAGGAGAUCCUGAAGGAAAAACAGAUGCUGGAGAGAGAAAUGCACACACUGAGGACAGAGAAAGACAGACAGGUGACUAAAACACGCCCACAUCCUUAAAGCUCAUAAUUCGACAUCAGAAUACAUCCUUUGUUAAUGCUCUCUCCUGCCGGUUUUGUCCAAUCAGAUCUCGGAGUUAGAGAGCGAGAAGCAGCACCUCUCUGACGCAGUGGCAUCACUUCAGGAGAGAGCUCAGUCCAACAACGAGGCGAGGGUUCGAGAGGUGGAGACGGAGAACCGCCUCCUGCACCAGAACAUCACUGACACCAGCUCCCGAUUGGCUAGCUUGGAAACACAACUCAAACUGGCCAAUGAGGAGACAAAGAGACUGAGGGAAAAAGCAGGGCGGUGUGAGGAGGUGGAGAGGGAGGCGGCAAGGCUGGAGAGGAGCAAGGAUGCUCUGAACAGAGAGGUAAUCUAAAACUAAGAUGUAUUUAAGCUUAUUUAGUAAUAGAGUUUUAAAGUGAUCGCUCUAAAGUGAUAAACUAAGACAUUAAACUUCUGUUUUUUUGCUUCCAGGUGGCCUCCCUACGUGCAUGCAGUGAACGAUCAGAAGCUUUAGAAAAGCAGGUGUCCUCCUUGGAGCAGGAGGUGCACAAGUUAAAGAGGGAGGCAGAGGAGAACCAGAAGGAGCUGCAGCGACUGGGGAAGCACGAAGCAGAGAGCAGCCUGCUUUCUAAGGAGAACCUUGACCUCCGCUGCUCACUGGAAAACCUGCGCUCCUCCACUGCACGUCUGGCCACCUUACAGGAGGAGCACAAAGAGUCACAGAGAGAGACACAGGAGCUACAGAGAAGGGUGGAGGAGGCCAGAGAGGAGGUGCAAGGAGAGAAGAAGAGGGCAGAGAGGCUGGAGCUGAACAUAGCAGCUUUGAAUCAGGAGAAGCAUCGUUUAGAGGAGGAAAUACAGAAGAGCAAGGAGGAGAGGGAGGAGGUAGAGAGAGAGAGGCAGGAGAUACAGUCCAGAGAGGAGGAAGGAAGAAGGGAAGUGGAAGAACUGAAGAAUGAGCGCAGACGGAGGGAGGAGGGCGACAAGGAGAGGAGGAAGAUCCAGCUGGACCUGGAGCAAUCAGAGAAGAGCAGGAAGCACCUGGAGAAGGAAACGUGGAGGAUCAGGACGCUGCUGGAGACCAAAGAGACAGAGCUGGAGGAGAAAAUCAGGCGGCUAGCUGCAGUACAGAAGGAGGGCAACACUUUGAGUAAGGAGGUGGAGAGGCUGAAGGAGGUGGCCAUCAAAGCAAAGGAGCAAGAGAGGGAGAACAAGGAGCUGCAGAAACAGGCGACAAUCGACAAGAGGACUCUGGCUACUCUGAGAGAGGUGAGAGGAAGAAAAGAGGCACGAGUCAUCUCAGUGAAACUCAGUCCAAGAGUGUUGUUUGUCAGUAAACAAAGAUACUCCACAUGAGCUUUCAAAGUCAACAGAAAAUAUUUAUCUUUACCCUCAAAAUUCAGUUUGGCAAAGUUAGAAGAUCUGAAACAACUGACAGUUUAACUGACGGUUAAACUUUUGACAAAACAAUCUAACAAAAAGUUGUCAGCUGGCACCAGUCGUAUAGGAUAGAUCAUAGUCCAAGAUUCAAAAGAGUACAGAUAAAAAAACACAGUAGGUACCUAGAGGGAUCGAUAAAAUAAGGAUGCAAAAAAAAAAAAAUUAGGCAAAUAAAAAUAUAAGAGAAAUAGCGCAAUAUUUACAAAGGUGCUGAGUGUGAAUAUAUGAAAUGGAGGAUAAGUCGGUGGGAAAAAUUAGGUAUGAAAAUUGCCAAACAGCACAUGGUGAAUAAUGGUGUACGAAUUGCUGUAAUGCACGUUGUAUUGCACAUCACAGAUAAUAUUGCACAGUUAAGUGGGUUAUUGCACAGAGUAUUGUCCGGUGAUACUAUCAGGAGUAUUGCAAACGAACUGCAUGUGGGUAGUAACUGUUUAAAGCACGUGAUAAUGAGCUGAAAUAGUGUAAAAGUUCUUCAGAAUAACUCUUAGAUGAGCCUUUAAUGUCUUGAAAAAAAGUGGCUGGUAUUGCUUGUAGAUUUUAAAGAUGGAAAAGUGUUUUAAACUGAAGAAGUUAAAGUGUCUUCACAGUUGUGUUCCAUGUAUCUGUGUGUGUGCAGGAGUUGGUUUCAGAGAAACUGAGCGUUCAGCAGCAGAGUGUCGAGUUAGAGAGACUCAACGAAGAACUGGAGAAGAUUGGCCUGAACAGAGAAAAACUGCUGCAGCAGGAGCACACGCUGGAGGACGGGUGUGUUUCUCUAAUUCACUAAGUCAGCUCAUCGGAUUUAAACCUGCAGAAAUGAAUCGUGGAGGUGUGAUGAUGAGUUUAUUUUUGUGUUCAUUAGCAGGUACAGGCUGCUGGAGUCUCGGCUGGAGGAAACUGUCCAGCAGACGAUGAAGAUUAAAGAAGAGAAAAUCUCACAUCUCGAGAAGAAGGUGGAAGAAACAAACGUACUCAAUGCAACACUACGGGCCGAACUAGUCACUGUGAGUACUUACAUGCUGGUUUAACAAAACUUAUAUAUGUGCUUUGUGUUUGAUUUGGUCCCACUCAAGAUUUCAAACACCCAGUACACAUAAAGCUUAGUGCAUCAAGAUAAUAAACAAAAAGCUGUAGGAUUAAAGUGGGCAGCUGGACAGCUACUUAGUCAUUUUAAAGACAUUUUCAGGUUGUGAACUUGUCAGCAAUGUAAUCGAGAGUUACGUAUGUAACUAUGGUUCUAUGAAUCCUGGAUGACCACCAGAGUGUUUAUACCAACAAAGUCACGUGUGACCCCUGAUGACCCGUUCAGUCUAUAUCUUCCGGUGACAUCAGAGGAUCUGUUCCUGCAGAAUCUUCUUGUGAGAGCACAAGGAUUCUGAGUGACAGAACGCCCUGGCGGUCAUCCAGGAUUCAUAGAACGGUAGUUACAUACGUAACUCUCGUUCUAUUUUAUCCUUACUGACCGCCAGAGGUGGUGCUUUAAGCACUGGAGUCGGGCCACAGAACCACGCCUAACGGAUGGGGGGUGGCAACAUUCACCCAAUAGAAUCUGGUAAAGGUACUUUGCGAUGCCCAUGAUGCUGCCUCACAGAUGUCCUCCAGGCGCACACCACGCAGGGCCGCCCAGGAUGUUGAGACAGCCUUAGUAGAGUGGCACCUCACUCCUGAUGGUAUGGGGUGAUUACUUCUUUUAUAUGCAUUAGUGAUGAUGUCCACUACUCAAUGAGACAAUCACUGUUUGGAGAGAGCACAGCCUUUCUUAGGGCCAACAGAGGAAGAGCUGGUCCGACCGUCUAAUACUUGCAGUUGCGGCCACAUAGACUCUCAGAGCCCGCACAGGGCACAGCAGUUUUAACCUGUCCUCCCCUUCCAGAGGAACAAAUUGUGCCAGGUGGAUAGGUCGGUUGAAAUUUGAUGAUGACAGAACCUUGGGACAAAAGGCUGUGUUUGGCCACAGGGUAAUCCCUGAGCCAUCUGGGUUCCACUUCAGACGUGAGUCACUCGUGGAUAGAGCUUGUAGCUCUCCGACACGUUUCGCUGAAGUGAUGGCCAGGAGAAAGGCAGUCUUGGCAGAGACCCACUGCAGCUCAGCCUGCGCCAGGGGCUCAAAGGGAGGCAAACAUAGAGCGUCAAGCACCAGAUGCAGAUCCCAUGCCGAGGCACGCUGUGCUUGUGGGGGGGCGCAAUCCCCACUCACACCACUGUGUCACCAUCCACUUGAGUGUGCCGUGAGGAAAUGGCUGCCACAAACACACUCAGAGUGGCAGGGGACCAGUCACGGUCCAAGAGUGACUUGAGGAACUCUAAAAUCUUUGGGACUGAACAGUGCACAGGGUCCCCGCUCCUGUCUGAACACCAUUUAGUAAAAAAUUACCAUCUAUUUUCAUAUUAAGCCCAGGUAGAAGGCGCCCCGGUGUUCAAAAUGGUAUUAUAGACCGCAUUUAAACAUUCUGUCAGCAGCAGGUUGGGCCCUGCGGUAGCCAGACCCAUAGCUGCAGGCAAAGAGGGUCGGGAUGCCAAAUCUGGCCCUGUAACUUAGACAGGAGAUCCUUCCUGUCGGUGAGGUGCCAUGGCGAGCUGCGGUAGAGCCUGCACAGCAGUGGGAACCACAUCCUCCCUGGCCAGAAGGGGGCUACCCACAGCAGCCUGUGACCCUGAUGGAGGACCCUCUGUAGCAUCUGAAAGAUCAGAGGGAUUAGUGGAAACGCAUAGAGGAGACUGUCCAGCAGGUCGUGGGUGAGAGCAUCCUGACCCAGUGGGCUGCUCUCCUCUGUCAGAGAGAACCAGAGGGGGCAAUGAGUCGACUCUUCUGUGGCAAAGCGAUCCACCUCUCCCCUGCCGAAGACUUCCCAGAUGUUGAGAACCACCUUCAGAUAAAGCCGCCACUCCCCCGGUGAAGGCUUGCAACGGGACAGGAAGUCGGCCGCCUUGUUUCUUUCCCCUGGCAAAUACAGUUCAGAAAUUGUCUGACCAUACAAGUACAUGCCGGCCUCUCAGAAAAGGCAGAAAAAACUGUAGAGCUCUGUGCACGGCCCACAGCUCCAGCACAUUGAUAUGUACCGAGCAGUCUCGAGUGGGCCACAGCCCUCGAGCCGUCCGAUUCUGCCACACAGCACCCCAACCUGAGAGAGAGGUAUCUGCCGUGAUGGUCUCCCGCCGGGAUGCAAUGGAACCCAUGGUAUGCCCUGAAGGAGAAAUGCUCUCUCUAUCCAUGGAGCCAGAGCAAGGAGGCAGCGGUAUGACACCUAGAGUCUUCUGUGUCGGUGCCACUUUGCAUCCAAAUGAAAGCUGUUCAGCCACCUCUGAAGGGGGCGUAGUGACAGCAGCCCUAAAGGAACCACGGUGGCGACAGCCGUCAGUUUCCCUAGAAGGCGUAGAAACACCACAUAGUGCAACCAUCUGCCUCCCCGAAAGAGGAGGAGGAAGCGGAGGAUGUCGUCCACCUGCUGCGGUGACGGACGAGCUGUCAUGGUAACAGCAUUGAGAGACAUUCCAAGAAAGAUUGUGCUCUGCGUGGGAACCAGACAACUCUUUGUGAGAUUAAUCCUGAGACCCAGUCUGGCCACAUGAGAGAGAAGAUGUGUCGUGUCCAGGGCAACCUGGGACUGGGAUGGCAUACAGAUAAGCCAGUCAUCCAGAUAGGGCAGGAUCUUCAUGCCCCACGACUGCAGGGGCGAGAGGGCUGCCAUAACACAUCUGGUGAACACCCAUGGGGAAAGAGACAGGCGGAUUGGGAGCACCCUGAACUGGAAGUGACGCCCCUUGAAAAGUGAACCGCAGAAACUGUAUGUGAUGUGGUGCUGUGGGGACAUGAAAGUAGGCAUCUUUCAGGUCUAUUGGUGUAAACCACUCCCCCCUCACGGGGGGUACCUCUGCAGCACUGAGCAUGUGGAACCUCAGGACCUUCAGUAAUCUGUUGAGACCUCUCAAGUCGAGGAUGGGGUGUAGUCCGCCAUCUUUCUUUGCUACCAGAAGAUAAGUUGAGUAGAACCCUACGGGUUACAACAGGGGAUCUACUGGCUCAAUGGCACACUUGUCCAGGAGGACGGACAACUCCUGGCUGAGAGCUUGGGCUUUUGCUGGGUCGUGUAUGAUGGUCAUCUUGACCCGGCCACAGGUUGGGGGCAAGCGUCGGAACUGAAGUUUGUACCCGUGGGUCAAGGUGGAAAGCACCCAAGGGUCCCUGGUGGAAGCAGCCCAAUAGUUAAGCUGCUGCUGGGAAAAACAGCCAAUGACUGGCCCCUGGGCCUUAGCACCAGGUCCCCUGGCCUCUAGAGGCUCAGGGGGUAAGAUGGGCAGCGUGCAACACCUGAGGUCGCUCAGAGGCCAGUCGCCCUGGGCCUGAAAGUCCUGCGCCUGCUGCUGAGCAGGCUGUGGACGUGGGCGCUGGGGUCCAAAGUAGCCACUGGGAUAGGCCUGCAGGUGAGAGCAACGCUGGGGGGCAGCGGAAGAACCCCUAGGCCUGCUAGGAGGAGGUGCACUCCUCUGAAGAUCUGACAGCUGUUUGGCCUGGACUGUGCGCUCAAGUGCCUCCAGAGCCGCAGAGCCAAAAAGCUCUCCAGGUUCCACUGGAACACUGCAGAGGAUUCUCCUGCAUGCCCUUGUGAGAGGAGAUUGUGCCAGCCAAACCUGGCGGUGAGCUUGAACGAGUGUGGACAUCAGCCGCCCAAGUUCUCUUGACAUCAGCGCAAAUACUUGUAACGAAGUGUAGCUGAAGUUGUGGAUGGAAGGAUCCCAUGCGCGCUGCUGCAUCAUAAGCUCUGAAAAGCAGGUCGUCCGUAACCCUACACUGGGGAUGAGGACACCUAGCAUCCGGUCUCAGAGCUUCAUCAGGGGAGACAAUUAGAGCAGAUAUAGUUGGCUCAAUUGCUAGCAUGCGACCCAAGCCAAACUUUGGUGCGUCCUGCAUGCUUCCAGGGCUUGGCCAUCAGAUGUUGCAUGGGAGAGGGCUCUGGAAUCCCUCCAGCAAGCAUGCAGCUCCUUCACAUAGUCCUCUGAUGGGGGCACAGUUAAUUUAGUGGGGGCCAAGCUAUGCCUGAAGGAGGCGCUAGCCGUAGUCGACUGGGCAUGUGGUAAAUCCAACUGUAAACGGGCCAGGGCCAUACGAAUGACAGCUCCCACUGAACCAUCCUCAGAGCCACAAGUAGAGCUGUGGGUCAAUGAACAGGAGCCCGCACAGGAGGCAACAUCCUGUGAGAACACCUCUGGCUCAUAUUCAGCAAACUCAGUAGCUGACGCUGCUGUGGAAAGCACAUCACCCUCCAGCUCCAAGAUGGCCACCAGAGGAUCAGGAGCACCUGGCACCUUUGCACCAGUCCCAGACUGGAAGGCCAAGAAGAGGGAUUUCAUGCUAUCGAGCUCUGCCGUUAAUUUUUCCAUUCUGGAAGCAAGGCUGGACCCUUUAACCUUCUUCCUGGGGGUGGGGCCUGCGGUCUCAGCAGCCCAAUGUUUAGAUUUGCCAGACUGAGUAUGAGGCAGUGACGAGGCUGGGGUCAAAUGUUUGGGUGACGGGGCGAGGCCCAACAGUUGCUCUACCUCAACUAGUAUGGCAGCCCUUACUGCCCAGGGCAUGAAGCUACAGUUUAUGCAGGCAUCGUCUGAGAGAGUCCCCUUCAGAUGUUUAAGGCCAAUGCAUGAAGGACACAAAUCAAGGCCACCUUCAGGCUGCAGAGAAGCCAUACAGGCCAAGCAAGAAUGGUUGCAAAACAUUGACAACCAAUAAAUUAAAACAAGAGAACAAGAGACACUGUGAGAGGGAGCGAUAACACAGCCUUAACCAAAUAAAUCACCUCUUUGCUGGGAGUGGGAGUGAGAACACUGCCUUCACCAGUCAAGGGUAUUUGCCACACAACACAAAAUGGGCACAACCGAGAUGGUACCACAAUAUACAAACUAAGAAGGCCAAUCAGAAAUGCCGGUAAUAAUCAGACAGAAAAUAGAAAAGUAACCAUACCUAAGCUGGGAACAGCAACGCGCGCACUGCCAUCACCAACAAAUUACAACUCAAAGGCUGACCGCUAAUGCGUAUGAAUGACUUGAGCCAGGAGAGCGAAGGGCAAUGCUACCGUCACCAUCAAAUGAAAGUACAACUUAAAGCGAGUACAACAGGUUGUACUGAUAACAGCUGCAAGCACCCGCGAGGCCAGCCAAUCCAAAAACUUUAGCGGUACAAAUGCUGGGAGAGGGCGCAAGGUCACUGCCUUCACCAACAAUUGAAAAUACAGCACAAUAUCUGCGUAACGUACAAAAGCCGGGAGAGGAAGCGAGGUCACUGUCUUCACCAACAAUUGAAAAUAUAACAAACUACAACCGAAAGAGAGUACAACUGGUUGCACCAAAGAAUAUGCUUAUUUGUAAUAACAAAAAGUAAGCAUCCCACCGAGGAUGAUGAGCCAAAGCAGAAGUGUCCGCAGCAAACCACAAACCUCUCAGCAGAGUCCGUUGCAGCCAGGAGGGCGAGCAGCUUGCAGCUCUGACAAGACGUCACAAGGCUACCAGCAACGAGGGAAAAUAAUAGCCACUUAGCUUGAGCGAGCGAGGUGAUUGCAGUUUACCUGCGAAGCGAGAAGAUGAAAAGGAACAGAUCCUCUGAUGUCACCGAAAGAUAUAGACUGACCGUGUCAUCAGGUGUCACACAUGACUUUGUCGGUAUAAACACUCGACCUGCGCAUGCAUGAGAUGGAUUCAUUCAGUGCUUAAAGCACCACCUCUGGCGGUCAGUAAGGAUGAAAUUGAACUGAGGUUUACUGUUGAAAAAUAUUUUACAGUUUAUUUACUUUCUGCUGCAGGCUCAUCAGACAGUCUCCGCUCUGCGUCAGCAACAGGAAGAAGAGGAAAACCACAACUCGCAGCAGCUCUCGAGAGGCGACAGGGGUCAAGGGUCAGCCACUGCCGAGCUGCUACGGAUCAAAGAUCAUCUCAUCGAUGUGGAGAAAAAUGUGCGACCCUUCUGCAGGAAUUUGUUAAUAUUCAAGUGUCACAUACACUACAGGCCAAAAGUUUGGAAGCAAGAUCAGAUUUUUACAAAAAAAGAUAUAUAUAAUUUGCAACACAAUAAACAUGACUAUUGUGUAAAGAGUAACUUAUCAGAAGACAUUUUGACUAUAAUUAUUAGGUAUUUGAGUUAUUGUUGCCAAGACUUGUCUUAUUUUGCAUGUUUGUGCUUUUAUUUGUAUUUCAUUGAUUAUUAACUGUCAUUAUUCUUCCCAGAAUGCAUCUCUGCAGACAGAAAGCAGUCUGUUGAAAGAGCAGCUUAAACAGAUAGAGAAUCAGAACACCUCUCUGAACAACCAGAUGGGGGCGCUGCAACGGCAUGUCAGCACCCUUCAAGAACAAAAUUCAUCCUUACACACACAGACUGCAAAACUUCAGGUGAACAGCGACAGAUCAGUCACAUGGUGUUAUUAUAGCAGAGAGAGAAAUGUGGACGCAUCAACAACUCUUUGUCCUCCGUGUUUCAGGUGGAGAACUCCACACUCUCCUCCCAGAGUGCAUCUCUUAUGGCCCAGAAUGCAGUGCUGCAGGGCCAAGUCAGCGCCCUGGAGACGGAGGUAGAGUCAUGGCAAAGGCAGCGUGAGGAGGCGUGGCGAGCCAGAGAGAGCGUGCUCAGUGACCAUGAACGCUUGCUGAGCGUUCAUGAGAGGCAGGCGCACGAGUACGAGCAGCUGAUCAGUCAGCACACAACACUCAAGGGCAAACAGAGGGCGCUAGAGAACGAUCACAGGACACUGCACGGCAAGUAAGUCAACAAAGUUACACCUUUAGUACAACUGCUUAUGGGAUACUGACGAUUGACUCUUAAUGUCUGUCAGUCAGACAGGAAGUAGACAAGCGCACGACUGAUCUGACAGGAAACAGAUUGUGUGACUGUGAUGCUCAUUCCAGCUAUGACCACAGUAAAUGCUCCCCCUGUCCCCCUCUGUCUGGAGGUAUUGUAUUUUGCUGCAGCAGAAGGACAAAUGGGACGAGCAGGAGGGCCAGGGACAGAAAGAGAAAGAAGAACUGAACCAGGAGAUCCAGAAGAACCGGCUGCUGCAGCAAGAAAAUCUACAGCUGAAAUCAAACGUGGACAGGUACUGACUAAAGCAUGCUGACAUUUAUGAAGAUUUAUGUCAACAGUCAGAGUCCAGAGUUAUCUCUUUUAGGACACAUCAUGUUUGACAAAGUAGUUUAGCGCCUGGUUAUUUAUUUAGCUUAAAAAUUAUAUUUUUUUAAUCUAGGCUGAAGUUUGUGACCAGUCUAUAAGAUAGGAAGUUUUUCUGUCAGUAGGCUUUUCUGAUACAGUUCUAUCAACACUUAUUUACCUGUAACUAACAGGUGAAAUCUCUCCAUGUCCGUCUAUGUCUGUUCCUGCACUAAUGCAAAGGAACUGCUGUGUAAGCAACUAGUAAUGCACUGAUAGAUUAGUAUUGGUAUCAGCCGAUACUUCACCUCUUGGUAGAUAUCCACCUAUGUGAAACAAUUGGGUGUAUCAGAUUUACUCUGAACACCUGUUUUCUAUCUGUAAUGUUGGCUGUUUUUUUUUAAUUGUCACAACCAUUACUAAAAAGAAAAAGGCAGAGAGCUUACCGUGUUUUCAUUGGAGGGCACUCCUCCAAUCAGGCAGCUGCUUCGGCCUCACAAUGCCUCACUGUGCAAAAGCAAAGGGGAACGGGAGGACUGUAUGAAAGCAUGCUGGAUAAAUAUUCAUGUGCAACAUGUUGGUUGCACCUUGUUGUCAAACGGUGAUAAACCAGGUCCACUACUGUGGUCAAGUUUGACGCAGUUAUGUUCAGGCUUAGCUGUUGAGCUGUGCCUAAGGAUUUCUAAACUGCCAGACUAGAUCAGUGGACUGCCCUGAGGCAGAUGUUCUUCAGAUUGUUCCUAACUUUUUUGGUUCUAUAGAUUGGCAGGAAGCCAGUUACAGCAGUCGGAGCAGUGUGAAAACCUCCAGCAGCGUGUGAACGAACUCAAGGGCACAUUAAGCUCUUCCCAGCUGGAGGUGAGUAAAUGGAUGGCACGAUACGACUCACUAAUGGAGCAGCACCAGGGCCUGGAUCUGACCAUGACCAAACUGGACAACCACUGCGAGGUAAGCCAAGAGUUUCAUCGUAUAAGAGUUCAAACUCUGAAGGAAAAGCAUCUUCUUCGUAACUGAACCCCCCGUGUGUUUAUGUGUGUGUGUUUUAGCUGUUGAGUCGACUGAAAGGGAACCUGGAAGAGGAGAAUCACCACCUCCUGAGUCAGAUCAACCUGCUGAGUCAGCAGAACCACACUCUGCUGGAGAGGAGCAUGGAGAGCAAAGAGCUGUAUCACCAGGAGCAGAAACUAUACAUGUAACUAAAUACAGCAACACAUCUGAUUUACAAGCUGCACAGAAAGUUUCAGCAGUUUUCUUAAUUUGCUUUCAUUCUUUUUCAAUUUGUUUCAGUUUUGACUCAGAACAGCAUUUGUGCAAAACAAUAACGGCAAAAAAAAAAAAAAAAAGGCAAAACAGCAGACUUGCGACUGAGUUCUGCAGGAUAAAAUUACUGUUUUAGUCUACCGAGCCUGGCUACUUCACAGAGAGUGAUGUCAGAGCUGGUCUGCCUGGAAAAAGUAUUGAAGAAGUCUGUGUUUAAUUAAAGGGCAUGUUUCUGGAACAGAGGCACAUUACAGUCACUUACAGUUUUUUUUCGAUUGCUAAAACACGUUUUUCAAAACUGUACAUUUUUUUUUAAAACUGCACACACAAAACUCCAAACAUCACUCACAAAUUGCUAAACCCUGGCAUCCCUUUGCAAAACAACUCUUUGCCAUCAAAUCUCUUAACAUGUUCACAAAAUGGAACUCAUGUUUUCAUUUGGAAAACACAGCCAUAUUUUCACAUGACACACACAUACCAUUUGUUGAAUAAACACAACUAAGCUUUUGGCUGAACACUACCAAGUUAAAAAGUGUGUAGCAUCAAGAAUAUUCAUUCAAGAGUAGAAGAAAAACAAAAUAAAUAAAAACCCUUUAAAGCCCAAAUGAGCCUGAGCAAACUUAGACUAACGACAAAGUCACCUUUAAGAAAGUACAGUUAAAGAAAAUACCUUUAUGACCUGCAAAAGUCAACCAAACCAUCAGUAUAAAGAUGAGAAAUAUCUCUAUAGUAAUUUUAAUGCCUGAAAAUGCUUCUGGAGUCCGAUUGCUUGCUUUCCACAGAGAAGACUCUUGACAUGAGAUGUCUACAGCUAUUUUAAGAAAGCCAAAGAGGAUUUUUGUAUGAUGAUUAAAAAAAAAACCACUUCCAGGAGCUUUAAAGGCAAAGACUUUUUUCCAUAUUUCAAACCAAACUGAAACAAAAGUGAUUAAGAUACACAGAUGUAAUGCUUGCUGACUUAACACACCCAACUAGGGGCUUUAACUGUGAUUUCAAGGUGCCAGAUGUAUUUAAGGUGGAAAAACUACCCUAACACAACUGUUACAGCCUGAUUUCAUGACGGACUUAAGCAGUCAACCGGAGAAUCCUUAAACUUUUUUGUAUCAUAAUUUAGGGCUCGGGGUAAAAAAUACUGGAAUGACCCUUUGAUAAAAGGGUCAGCUGAGUUUUCAUCCUCUGUCUGUGUCUCUUCAUCUAGAGAUAAGCUGAAUGCUCUUCGCCGUCAGAAAGAGAAACUGGAGGAGAAGAUCAUGGACCAGUACAAGUUCUAUGACCCAACACCCAAGAAGUAAUUCUUCUAUCAACACCUUAAAUAUAACAAUAUGUAAAAGAUAAGAUGUUCCUUUAAUAGUCCCACAGAGGGAAAUUCCAAUUUAACUUCUUCUGUGGAUCUUCAUAUUUGAUAUAAUUGCCCAUGUGUGUUUUCAGGAGAAGUCAGUGGUCUGGAGCCAAAGCUUUAGCUAAACUGAUCAAACCCCGAAAGGAGAGCAGCAGGGAGCGAGGGGGUGACCGGGACAAGGACGGAGCCAAAGACAGAGAGCGAGCGAAGAGCGCCCCUGACAUCCCCCUGCCUGCGCCGCCUCCCCUCCUCCCCCCUGAAACCCCUCCCCCACUCCCUCAGCGGACAACCAGUGACACCCAGGACAGCAGCCACACCCACAGUAACCAUAGCAACCACAUCACCAGCCCCAGCCUGGGACCUCAGAGUCCUGCUCUCACACCCAUCAGCAGAGGUAAGCGGUCACACACACACCUCACACACAUAAACCCUCAGUAAUAAAAACUCCUCUCAUCUGACAAGUUCUGGGAUCAAAUGCUGAAUAUCAAACAGAUGAUGGUGUUGUGGAGGACUCUGUGAAGAAAAGGCCUCACAGUGAAAUCAGGGUGUAGUUGUCCCCUUUGAAUUAGAUGCACUGCCCUAAUGGCUCCUUUAGAGGGUGCUGCAGACCAACACAUUUACUGUCAUUCAGUUAUGUUUCUUAAAUCCACAGAUCUCCACUUUCACAGUUUAAUAGUGUCAAAAAUAAUAAAAGAAGGUUUUUGCACUCAGAUUAACAAUACUGAUAAUGUAUGGUGUUGUAUUUAAUCUUGUAAAGAAGGUUUCUGUAGUCAGUAUUGUAUGAUAUCAGGUCUUUCGUGACACCCUGGAGUUGAAGUGAGGAACUUCAGCAACACUUCCUGGUUUAGUUGGGGUUCUUGUUGAUUGUAAAUGUAUAUCAACAGGAGGUCCUGGUCCGCUUGGCCCUUUAUCAAAACACAAAAAGCCAGACGGGGUCAGGGUCAGCUUUACCAAGUAUUUCAGCUAAAUUUAAAACCUCCAGCUCAGACACUAAUGUCAAUACAAGUGUCUGCUAUAUUUAGAAAUGUCAGUGCUUCAGGUCCACUUUGUUUGGUAUACGUGGUCUUCAGCUGCUGCCCACUGAAAAAACUCCAAAGACAGUGUACACUCCCAGUUUAUUUGUGUUUGUGUCAGACUUUCUUAAAGUUACUUAAAUGACACGGUAGAACUGCACUGGUCUGCAGCAGUUAGUAGCCCAGCUUCAACUCUGGUUUUAACAAAGGGUCUGAGUCGAUGGGAUCCCGUGUAGGUCAGAUACAGGUCCUUCCCUUAAGUGCAACCCCACCUCAGAAAACUGAAAUAUCUCUGUAAGUAAACCCUCACAGGAUUUUCUGAAUUCAGGCAAAGUUAAAUCAUGUUAGAGUGAGUUCAAACGGUCUACUUCCUACAUAUCCUGAGUUACACCAAGUACAACCAACCAAAGAAGAGGAAAAAACAACAAACAGUUUGUUUUAGGACAUUUUCCCAGACAUUUGGAGGCCCGGUGCAAAGCUGCUGUGGAUUUUGUGGCAGGUUUAAAGACAGUGAGCGAUGAGUCCUUUGAAAGCUUUGUGUUGUGAUUGUUACGAGGCGUGGCAUUUUAAUUCAUGAUUUAGAUAAUGCAAAAAAAAAAAAAAGUGUCAGUCCUUCGUACUGGACAUCUUUUAAAAAACAAAACAACUCUGAAAAUCCAGUUUCGGUUUUUCUUGGCAGCUGCUGAUGAACAGGAUGUCACUGGAUGUCACUUUUUUAAUUUGGGACGAUCAGUCACGGCACUCAGCUGUAGAGGAAUUGACUGCUGGCAGGCUUUUAGAAUAACUCUUUGCAAUCUAAAGUGACUACAGGAAUCUUUCCCAGAGUACUUUGCAGAGACUGAUAACAGGUUGUGGUCCUGGAUUCAAAGCAUAAACAUCUUUGGUUCAUUUUUAUGCAAACAAUUGUCUGCAGGGAUAUCUUGAAAGAAUGCACUCUGAAUUGAUAAGCUUGUGUCUUUUGUUGGUUGGAGUAAAACAAGAGUUUUGCUUUAGGACAACAUCCAUCUUAUUUUCAUAAAGUUGUGAAACAAGACUCACUUUAGUAAAACAAUAUGUUCUUUUCCUAUUUCCGUCUUUAUAUUUGGGCUUAGUUUCAUGCAUGGCUGUAACUCUUUUUUAAUGUGAUUUCUUUUUAUUUCUCUUAAACACAUGACUGAGCUCAACUUGCUUUUGCAGAUGACGGCUAUUUCACAUUUUUGAAAUCCUCCUAAAUUGCACUCCAAGUAUUAUUCCUUCAUUAAUAAUUUGAUUGGAUACAUUUUAUAGGGAAGAUUUUGCAAUAGAAGUAAAAGUUAAAAAGUCAUAAAAUACAGUCUGCGUCGCCUUCUUUUUGUGUGUGUCCUUUCAUUUCUUCUUCCUCUGUUAUUUCCGUUUCACUUCUCCUUCGUCAAUUUCUUUCUCGGCUUUAUCUGCCUCCUUGUCUUGAGCUCCACUUACUUCCUGAUCUAUCGUUUUCCAUCUUCUUUUUCUUAUUUGUUAGUUUGUUUACACCAAUCUUUUCUUUUGUCAUAAUUUUCUUCUUCUUUAUUCCCUCCUGCACUCUAUGAAAUGAUGUUUUACCACCAAACGUAGCCUUUCAGACCAGCUGCUGGAUGAAUAUGGUUUAAAACAGGCCUCUUGUUCAUGCUUCAAACUAUUUCAGACAGUUUGUUUUUUCACACAACUUUCCUCAAACUUUGUUGAUAAAGGGAUGAUAUGACACUAAAACUGUGCUAAUUUAGGAGGAUAAAUUAAAAAUGAACUAAAAAUACUUUAAGGUACAGCUGUUAAGUUUGUCUGCAGGAUUAUGUCUGCAGAUUUUAUCUGUCAAUACUUCAACUAAAUUCAGAGUGAGUUGAGCUUUGUCCUGAUCAUAGUGCAUGAAUCUAACUGAACAGUUCUGUUCUAGUUUCUUGUUUCUGGUGGUUUUCUUGCAUGCUGUCUAAAUUUUCUGUUCAUAAUCAUGUAUGCUUUAAUUUAAUCUCUGUUUCAUUGUUUUCUUUAUGCUCUCCUUCUCGCUCUCUUCUCAGCUCCCCCAAACCCAAAACGCUUCCGUUUCCUCCGCAGUAAAAGUCAAGACAAGCUCCUUCACCCGACUUCCUCCUCCUCCUCUUCAUCUUCCUCCUCCUCCUUCCCCUCUUCCCGGCCCCCUCUCUCUCUCACCAGACGACUGCGGUUCUGGUCAUCCUCUGACAUCACAGCUGAUGUCAUGAAUUGCCAGCCAGUGUCUGCCAAUGGAGUUUUCUAAAAUCCUCAUCAUCGUCAUCAUCAUCAUCCUUUUUAACUGUACAUAUCUUCAUUAUCAUCAUCAUCAUCAUUAUCCUCCUCACUGCCACAGUCACUCGACUCAGUGACUCUCAGAUGCAACAAACCUGCAUGCACUUGACAAACACUAACACGGACACACUUUUCAAGCACACAGACACGCAAAACACACACAAACAGGUGCAUGUUGCAGAUGUGAACCAGCAGAAGUAAAACUAGUAAGUAGUGUGUGCUUAUUCGGUGGAUGUGUGUGAGAGUGUGUGCGCACAUGCACGCCAGGCUUGCCCAUAUAUGUUCACACCCUUCCAGGUCACCUGUAAAAUUAAUGUUGUUGUGCUUUUGCGCUGUCACUUCCCUGGAGUUUACACCUGCCCAGCAUGUUUCUGUAGAAACUGGUUUUGUUUGAGUCCGUUUUGAGCUGCUUGAGAAUAAAUCUGGCAGCUUUGUAAGGCUUUGCUGCAGAGAUCUGUGUUCAUCCAGUUACCAAAACAAAGAAAAAUUUACCGCUUUCUUCUCACCCCGCACCCAUCUUUCACAGCUGUUUGUCUCUGUACUCAUUUAACCUCCUGUCUGCUGAUCCUCAACCUGGAAGAACUUUCUUAGUACUAAAACCUCUUUACGUUGGCCAUCAGGGGCUAUCCCACCAAAGUGGCUAAAGUGAUCUCUAUAAAGGGAAACAUGCUGCACACUCAGAAACAUAUGAAGAAGAUCAGGCAUCCACAGAAAUAUACUGAGUAUAGAAAACCAAAACAAAUGCAUUAAAAGGCAACAGGCUGCACACAAACAAGGAAACUAACACUGCUUAUCAGUCCUUCACAACAGUAGCUUGACAGGCCCGUAGAGACACUCAGCAGAGGAGUUGAGUAUCCACAGGAGAAUCAUUGACUCCUGAUGCAGUUAUUUUGGCUUCUUGCAGCAUGUUUUCAUAAGCAGCAGUUUUCUGCAGUUGGAAUUUGAUGGGACAUUUGUAAAUGGUUGACAUUUGUGUUCAUCCUGAAUUUGCAGCACGUGUCUUGAAGAAGAAACCAUAAUGACGCAAAAGCUCUCAAAACACUUAUGUUGACAGCAGCUUUACACGCUAGCUUAGAAGAUAUGUGUCUGCAGUUUUAGAGUAAGGAAACAGUAGUUGCAUUGGGUGGUGUGGUUGCAGAUUGCACAUACAAAAUAACAACCCGCCUGCUGCCCGCACCCUGGCUGUGAAGUGAAAUCUGAAAACGAGUAGACCCAGCAGGGAGAAAAUUUAAAAUGACUCCCAGAAGCGCUGGUUUUGUUAGUAGCACAGGCAUUUUUCAUACAGACCUCCCUGCACCAGAUCAAUAUUUGGUGCUCGUCCUUCCCCCUCUUUUCCCACAUGUCCUGCCUCACUUUGGUUCUCCUUGCCCAAAAACCCAAAAGAUCCUCUUAAAAAAAGUCCUCCCAUGAGCUAGUGUUUCUACUCUAAUAUUAGGAAUAGUGUAAAUAAAAGAGUGUGCAUACAAAUUCAGUCCACUGUUAUUUUAUCUAACAACAGCCAAAACUGGGCAUGCCUGACCAGUAUCUGAAAACAGCAGAUAUUUUACUCAGUAAGAAACUUUAAGGACAUUACUUCUGACAUUCCCAAGACACUGAUUUAAAAAGUCCUGUCUAUGUUCUCUUGCAUGUCACAUAUUCAAAGUCUGUCUGAAAUUAAAAUUUUAAUGAUUAAUCACAAAAUAAUUUGAAUAGUUUAUGCAUUGAUUAAAUUUCCUGUUCCUAUUGUUGACGUUUGCAGCCAUCAGCAUCUGAAUUAGCAGAAUUUGGCAUUUAUUUGAACUCACACACACAUAUGCAAAGGCUUACAGAUGUUAGGGGUUUAUUCUCUGUGAGACAUUUGCUGUAAUUUCAUCAAGUGAACCUACUUUUUUACUGGUUGCCAUUGUACUAGUUCCCAUGGUGUCCUCAGCAUUAGAUUAUAGAAGUAGUUUAAUUUUUCACAAAUGUCAGUAACCCAUACUAAUAGAAUCAGAAACUCACAGGGUGAGAACUGAUAUCACACUGGUUUGUAAACCCACAACAUCCUAAAUCAGUGAACACCUUCCUCAUGUCUUGCUUUGCACAAAUGCUCCUCUGUGUUGCACAAACCUCCUUUCUUACGCUCACAGUACAGACAACUGGUCCAGGAAGGUCCCUAACUACCGUCUUGUUGAUCUGCAGGUUUGACUGACAGAAGCCGCAGCGCUUAUCGCAGCAGCACUCCAGGAGGCAGCAAUGAGAGUAUCAAUGGGGAGGACGGACAGGGACAAGGUAAGGAAUCUAAGGCAUCAGGUUCAGCUGCAAACUUUGGCCAAGUGCUUUUGCUGCAGCAGGAAUUUUGUGUAAAAGUUACACAAAUAAUAGUAAGCAUGAGGAGUGAUGAUAAAGAAUCUUAACACCCCCAGUCGGACCCUGCAGGGGGACACCAGAAAAUGUGAGAGAGAUGGCGAGCAAGCAAGACUGGAAAUCUUGGAGCUUAAACAGAGCAUUAUAUUAGGAAUUUGUUCACUAUAUGAUCAAGGUGAAAUCAGUACAGCCUGAGUAGACUGACUCAACCAGCUUGCAUACUUAGAAAAAUCUUUGUCUUUCAGAGACAAAAGAAAAAAUCUUUCAAUGAAAAUCUACUGACACAAUUCCCAAAAUCUUCUGGCUUUUUGUAAUUUCAGUGCCAAAAGGUAUAAAAAUGCUGUUAAGUUACAGAACUGGAGAAUGUUUUCAACAGACAGACAUAUUGACGUAUUUAUUACAUUAUGAAUACUUCAAAUCCUCAUGUGCAGUGGUACAAACUAUCAGGUGGAGAGGAGAGCAGGGAGAGGAGCAGGAGAAGGCAGGUGUGUGUCUGAAAAGCCAAAGGACAGAACAAAAUAGAUGAGAAAAGAUAAAAAGUUAGAGACAUUGUUCUGGAUCAUAGUGAAGUACAAGCCCAAGUCUAGGUGUCAUCAAGUCAUACAGAUAGAAAUCAACUGUUUAAUGCUGGAUCGUUCUCUUCAGCUGGAUAGAGCUGGCUAAAUAAACUUUUUACUUCUCUGUCUAAAGGUCGUAAAGUUCUUAGCUCCACUCCCAGCCAUCAGUCAUCCUCACUGGGUCUAAACAACAACAGCUCCAGAUUGGGACCAGUUCCAGGCCACAGACCCCGAGGUAAGCCAUGUCACUGAUAUAUGAGUCCUUUAUUCUUCAGUCAGAAAGUCUGUGAGCGUAUGCAUGACAGUGCAUCAAUAUUUCAGGUCUGUUAUUAGAUGAGGACUUGUGCCAAAACACCUCUGACUCCGUGUUUGGUCACCAUGGCAAUGCAGGAGGUCGUCCAGGGUCUGCAGACUUCAGCCACAACACCUCAAGCUCCAACUCACCAGUCAACUGCAGAGGUGCACACACAGUUUUUCUACAUUUGCAGGAUACUAGCAUGAGAAGUCUACAUCUGUGGACUGAUAAUGAUUCUUUUUUUUAUUUUUUUUAAUUAAUCUUUUUAUUAGUAUACAGUCUCACAACAUCAUAAGGAUAACUGCAGAGAUGUCGUCCGCCAACCUGCCUUCGUUUUUCUUGUUUUGUAACAAACGAUAAAAAAAAGAAAAGAAAGAAAAGUCAUGAAAAAAAAUAUUAAUAAAUAAAUACAUAAUAAAAUAAAAAAGAAAACAAAAUGAAAGUAUAAUCCGACAAACACGAGAUAAUCUUAUGUUUACUGAUAAUGAUUCUACCUGUUUUUUGAUCAUAUUAUCAUGGUUGAUAUGUCCCAUCCAUCUUUAGACCCGGCAGAUCGUCAGCCGCGCUCAGCCAGCCUGUCCAGUGAUGAUGUCAUGGGCCUCGGCCAACCACAGCAGACCCUGUCACGCAGUUCCACCCUUCCAUAUGACCACACACCCCAAAGGGCCCAGCCUCAGCGGGGGGCAGGUGUCAGGACAAAGCCCCGCUCCUCUUCACCUGGAAGUGAGAUGGUGACGCUGGAACAGUUUCUACAGGAGAGCAACCUGCAGUCGCCUCCGAUGGUAAAACAUUCUGAGACUUCAUACGUACUAAACAGAAAAGAGUUCCUCCACAAACAACAUGGUCAGAAUGUAAACUUAUUUAUUGGUUAAAAGAACAACAAGGCAUCAUCAAGGCUUCAUCAAGCCUGAUGAAGCCUGUGAGGCGAAACGCAUUGUUCUUUUAACCAAUAAAUAAGUUUUUAUAUUCUGACCACAUUGUGUGUGGAGGAACUCUUCUUUUUAGGAACUUUUUUCCUGACACCACCAGCACCAACAUUAAGAUCUGUGCUGUGCAGGGCAAUCCUCCUUUUUGUGUACUUUAUAUGUACUCUUAAAUAAAUAAAAGCACUGGAAGCACAGAGGUAUAAUGAAACUUUCUUUUUUCUACAGGGGGGAUUUAGAAUCUAAAAAUAUUAACAAGAGAAGCAAAUCUUUAGCACGUCAACUCAAGGUGAUUAAGGACUGUUGCCUUUAGAAAUAUCAAAACAUUAAUAAACUAGAAAAGCACUCGGAGAGCGCAGACCUCCGCCAAGCAGCUCAUGUCCCCCCUUAUAUUGUGAUUCACACCAAAACUUUUAGUAUUAAGUGUCUUUUAUUAACUUUUAUUUGUGUUUAAACUGGUAUGUUCACUGUUCAUAAUGUUCCUAAAACAAGAAGUGCCCUGACCUGGAUUCGAACCCAGGACCUUCUUGCUGUGAGGCGACAGUGCUAACCACUACACCACUGUGCCGCCCAUUGGUAAUCUUUCAGCAUUGAAAAUUCCAACGACACCCUUAUUUUUGUGUGUUCUGGAUCACAGUAUCCGGAAUUUUGUCUGGAUCAGGAUCAACCUUUGACACCUCAUAAAACUCAUUGAGAUCCUUUUGUGUAGUUUUUUACUAAAGACUCUGGCCAUUUUUAUAGAGUUAAAUGCAAAAAUUCAAAAAUGUGCCCUAUCUCACAAUGAUAAAGAAUCCUUCAAAAAAUUCCUGGAUCCAGAAGGCGAUCCAGAUCCCCACCAAAAUGUAAUGGGAUCGUCCUGGGGCUGAGACGCACCUCUGGUGAAAAUUUCAGGUCAAUCCGUCUGUAACUUUCUCCGUAAAGUUGUUCACAGACAAACAAACAAACAAACAAACAAACCAACCAACAAACCAACGCUACUGAAAACAUAACCUCCUUGGCGGAGGUAACCAGCACAAUCUAAAAUAUUAUGAUCAGCUUCAUGAUGCUGCCCAUCUCUGGUAGAAUAACCUAAAUCCUUGGUUGAACAGAUCAUGUGAUACUACUCUUAUAGUAUAAUGGCCUAUGUAAAGAGUGUGAGUUUUUCUGAAAGUAUUCCGGAAAAGUUUCUGAAAAACCUGAUCAUUGACUUAGGCCAUUAUUUUAAGAGGGUGGCGACUUCAAGAUUACUCACAGUACAGUCAUGGAAACUGACAAUAAUGCAACCAAACCUCGAUAUUUGGGGAUAACAGUGGGAAAGUACAUGGCAGUGAAAUAAAAUAGUAAAACCUUUCAACAAUAAAUUCAUUGCAAAGAAUAUUCACAUGAAACUUUGGUGAAAAUUAUGAAACAGAGAGAACAGCUGUGCAGAAAUCAAGGACAUUUGUAUUCCUCCGUUGUUAAAACUUAACUGAUAUAUUUAAGCAGGUUUGGCUGCAAAGACCACUCAAAGGAGAGUCUACUGUAUUUGGUCUCCACUGAGAAUCUGUUAGAAAGCAUAUCUAAUCAUUAGAGUCACUUAUUUUAGUAAUGCCUCUGGUCCAGAGUCCUCCAUGGGCUGCAGCUCUGACCUGACCUCAGCCAGACAAAAUCCCAGCUUGGCUCACUGUCUCUGAUUCAUAAAAAAAAGGAAGUACGCAGGAACACCCAGGAAGAGUUUUAUUUCUCAUCUCCCUCCAAAAACAACGGCCAGUGCCUUCACAGUAACAAACACAAAUAUAAAAAGGCAAAAAGAAAAGAAAAGCUAAAUGAAAGUUUUAAUGUUACAGACACACAAGAUUUAUAACUCAAAAGUGCACUGUUUGUGUUUAAUGCUCCUCUGUCACAUUGAUUUAAUUCCUCUUUAAACCAUUCACACAAUGCAGCAAAUAAAAUUCAUCUUCAAAAUAGGAUAAAACAAUUUUUUCAGUCACAGACCUAGAUAAGUUUCUCUGGUUCUGAAUCAAGUGAUUGGACAGCAUCUCUCCUGCUUUUGUAUGCACCUGCCUUUACUCUCUUUUUGUGUUUUUUCACACUCCAGCUUAAACACCCGAUCCCCGAUCUCUCUGCUGGCUGUUCGGAUACUCUAAUAAUCAUGUGUAAACACACGCAAUGUCUCUCUAAAUGGAGGCUUGAUCUGAUUGUUCCAAGGGAUCACUGCAUGAGACAGGGCAGCAGUGUGUGUGCGCCCUGUGUGUCUAUGGGUAGAGUGGAAAGAUAAACAUUUAAUGACCCUGAGUCCGGAGCCCAAUCUGUUCAGAUAAAAUAACUCAAGCAGGCCUAAACUGACUCAACACGGCAGAUUUUUACAUGCAGUUUAAUCUGACAGCAAAUCUUAUCACUACAGAGCAGAACACAGCUGAAUCAGACACUUACUGAUGAGCCUGUGUCUGACUCAAAGGUGAGGAAAAAGUGCUUUUAAUUUUGAACAGUCUGAGGGAAACUCCUCACUACAAAUCAGAUGUUUCAUAUCCACCUGUCAUCCACACAUGUGCAACUUCAGCGUGGGAAUUUCAUUCCAGAUGAUCAAUCCAUACAAAUAUCCUGUGGUAAAAGAAUUUCAACACCCAAAAUCAAUCUUAGUUAUCAUCCUGCAGAGAGGAGGAAGCCUGCAGAGUUAACACAUGUAUGGCCGAGAAUGAUGAAGUUAGAGAUACAAAGUUUAAACUGUUUCAGUUAUUAAAUGUGAUUAACUCUGCAUCUCAUUCUCACAUCAGAGUCUUUGCUUUAAACAAAUAGACGAUAUUAGAUCCUUCAGUGUUGGCUGAUCACACAUCAGUCAGUCCAUUAUUGAAACCUUUAUUCGGUGAUGAUUCAGUAAGCGCUCCUACAAGGCAAAAAAGUGCAUUUAGAGUGGAGAGAAGGACAGAGGUAAAUUUUUUAUGAACUUGAUGAAAUUAUUAGAGAUGUGAGUAGUUUCACAAUCUAGACACUUUGUUCAAGAUGGAUGUCAAAGAUUAAAUUUAAACUCUGAUAUAUAGUAUAUGACAGACAUUACAAUUGAAUAUAGAUAUUUUAUACUCUUGAAUCUGAUCUGAGAUGCAGUGCUCUAUCUCAUCCCUUAAAGUCUUCAUCUUGCUUCCAGCGGUCAAACACAUAAGUGGCCCUUACAAGAGUUUUACAUUUAUCGUAUGGGAGGAUGUCUAAAAGAAAAAAAAAAUUACCUAAACUUGAGUUUUUGUGUUAUGGAUCGGCCUCCCUGAUCAUUUGUUGUUCAAAGUAACCCAAAAAUGUGCUUCAAGCCAGCACACACCAAAUAAAAGCUUCUCAGCCUCCUACAUCAAAAAAACCGCUGCCCACGACUAAAACGAGUCGCACAACUAAUUUAUUCCAGCCUCUCAAACAGAAACACUAAACCAUGUGGGAAAAGAUUGUGGCACUGUGAGGGCCAUAACAGAUCAUGGAUGAGGUUUUUUAUCACUAUAGGAGAGCUUCUGUUGUUUCCUUAUAUUCCUUAGACUGAAAUUAUUUUAUACAAAAAAAAAAUCUUGAGUCAGGUACUUAGAUUAAUUGAGCUUGUCUCUGGUAUCCACAACGAAACACACAAAGGGUUAAUCAACUCAUAUUGAGCCAAACAAAACCUGGUCUCCAAACAAAAUAAAGGAGACCUACUGUUCUUAUUUUCACCUUUCAAUGUGCCAGUGUGUGACACCUGUAGAAAAGCCUUGCAGCUCAAAAAACUCAUACAUAACCAUUAGAUACUCAUUGGCAGUUGUUGUUUUUUAGCCAUCAACAUAAUUUGUGUUGUUUUAAAGUUGUCCUUAAAAGGGAUAUUCCAGUGUAGAUUUAAGUUAUGGUCAAACACAACGUAACACAGAGUUAGACACCCCCUUAAAGACAUGAAUGUUGCCGACUGCUUGCUUCUCUAGUUAUACCAACUUUAGUAACGACCGCACGAUAGCAAUACACAGUGGUCUACGUCUCCAUGCGUAAACCUUAACCAAAAAGCCACUCCAUAGCCACAAAUAAGGCUCAGAACAGCACCUAACUUCAUCAACAGAACAUAUAGGGUCCUAGUCAUAGUACUAGCCAUCGAACAUCAUUUUAGCUUUGCCUGAUUUCUUUAGCUAAGAGACUAAACACAACUCACCCACUCUCCACCAGCAGCCACUUGUUUGUGGGGGGAGGUCUGAUGAGUCGAUCACUGAGUGCAGCGGAGUUUCGCAGCUCAAGGGAGAACAUUUAUGAUCAUUACGUCAUUAAAAUGCAAUCAGACCAAGACGCUAAGGCAGAAAACUGCAGCGUCUGCAGUGCAAAAUGAUUAUUAUGAUGAUUAUUACUUCAAGGAAAUGAUCCGCUGCACUCAGUGAUUGAAAUUUCAGUGUUUUCUGUGUCCGUUUCUGUGUCUGUUUUCUGAGCCCAUAUUUAAAUGUGAAAUCUGACAACAAAAUUAAGUAUAUAACCUGGUACAAAAUCUGUUAUAUCUCAGCAGCUCAUUUAUUUGUUACAUAUACUAUUUUGGAAAGGACGGUAAUAAAACAUCCUUUCUCAGUGUAUUAUGGUCCAGAAAUAAUAGGCAUGAAUAGGCACAACUAAUGUGGCUGAUUUGAGGAUGUUUCAGCUGCUUUCCAGGCGGGUAAGCUAUGGUCACCACUCCACCUCUCUUCCUGUCUCUAGAUUAAGUUAAUGCAAUUUCUCUUUUCUCUGUCCAGGUGUCAACAGGAAGCAGAGAAGACUUAAUGACCGACUACUUCACCAGAAGUCCUGCCCCCUCUGCACCAGCCAACAGGGAUCAGGUGACUCCCACCAACUAUGUCACGCCCACUGUACAGUCAGCCAAUCAGAGACCAGGCCAGAGUGUUAAACCCUCCCCUCGUCAGCCUGUGGGCCAAUCCCCCGCCUCAGGUUCAUCUGUCACUCAGAGAACUGGCCAAUCACUGAGCAGAGCUUACAGCUUGGCCACUGCUGAUUUGUUGCGCUCUAAUGGACCUGACAGCUUCCGCGGAAAUGAAGGCCAAUCAGAUGGUGUUGUUCGAAGACAAGGGGGAGGAGUUAGUGGGAGGGAGCGACCUCUCUCUGCUCGUUUGGCUGGUGGGACCAAUCAGCACAGCGAGGGCAGCUUCCUCAACCCACCUAUUCACCACUCGUCUUCACUUAACCUUCAAACCGAGCGACACGCAGAGAGAGAGCGAGGGAGGGCUCGUGUCCCUGGAAACAGCUCCCACCACCACAGAGGAGAGGUUGCCAUGGUGAGCCCCGUCAGAGCUGUGCCCACCACGCGACCCGAGGAUGCCUCCAAUCACUCCGAGCGGCCAGGUGACUCCCUCCACCUGAAGAAGGAGAGUGAAAGAGCAAGGUGCGGCUCUGUUGAACGCCCAAAGAGCACGCCUGCUUCCCCUGACCCCAACAAUGACCCCCAGACUGUGUGGUAUGAGUACGGCUGUGUCUAAACACUGAAACAGCAGAUUUUGCUGUGUCUAAACUGGAGUUAAAUACUCAAACUGCAGUCUGCUUGGGCUGAACACUAGAGUGUUCUUGGACUCUGUGUCUUUACUGCACGUGGUUGAGCUCAUAGUGAGAACCUGCCGAAGUCAAAGGAGAGAGCCACAUUUAAAAACAUCUCUGCACAUCUGUUGGUAUUUUUAAAGGCAAUCUUUUUUAGAUAAACAAACAAAGUGAAUCCAUUUACCACCUGCUUUUACAGUGGAUUAAAACGGCGCUUCAGCUCCUUCAGAGCACAUUCUUUUGAAGCUAAAAAGCUGCUUUGGGGAUUUCAUCUACAAACAAACAAUCACUCCUUAAGACUUUGGAUUUGUGGAGUCAGUUUCCUCUCAACAUUUCUCAUUAUUAACCCGACAGAUCUUUCUCAGACUAGAUGCAAGAUGGAUUUGAGCUCAGUCACUGGUGGCCUCUUUAAAGAUUUACACCUGCACAAAUUUAACACUAAAGAUGGUCUCAAAAGAUGCUGGAAUCCGCUCAACCUCGCUUAUUUAUUUUCCCCAGUGUGAUUCAAGAAGUAUCCUGAGCACAAACGAGGGUUGAAGAUGGUCUUACUGAAAGUUUCGAUGUUGAUGUCCUUUGAAAGGGUGUUCACUGGAGAAAUGGAGAUGUCUGGCUCAUGGGAAGUGAAUACACUUUAAGAUCUCCAUUUAAAGUUGUGACAGGAGUACUGAAGAUGGGCUUUGUCUAUGAGCUGGAACUCUCUGACACCCCAUCUGGCCCUGUUAAUUUAAUGCUUUCCCGGAUGCCACUAAUUCUGUGAAACUGUACACCAGGAAUUAGCCAUCACCAGGAGGGGUGAUCGAACUCAAGUGAAGGCGACCAGAAGAACCAGAGCGACUGAAUGUAUCAGAUUAAUCCUCCACCCCCUUUUCCCUGUAAAUAAAAACAAACACUGGAACAAGAAGAAAAAAAAGGGGGGGGGGGGGGUGACAUUAAGCAUGGAGAAGUGACGUAAGUGAUGGGGGAAUAGUUCGAAGAGAGAAAAUAAAAAGAUGCAGAGAGGGAAAGACGGAUAUAGUGAUGGGCAAGCAGAGAGAUAAACAGGACAGAGAUGGAGCGGCUCCUCCCUGUUAAAUUAUAGUCUUUCUCCCUCCAUCUUUAGAUUCUGUCCCAGCAUGCAACACUCUGACACUUUCCUGGAAAUGUUGCCUGUCCCAAGCCAACACUAGUCCACAAACACACACACUCAUACUCAUAUAUGUAAUGAUAUGUACACACACACACACUGACACGCACACACAGAGGCAUUGUCCUGGACAGAGUUCGUUGUGGCUUUCAUUCACACACACUGGGGCCGGGUUACCACUGUGUUUGGGAAAAAGGUCUGCUGCACGCUAAGUGAGACAGAUAGCUGAAACAUCAUACAAAAGAGAGGAAAACACAGAGAGAGAGAGAGAAUAAGACUUACCCACUGUGAUCUGGAUCUUUAGUGUUGAUGGAACUUGAGCAACAGUUUUAUAAAUGACUGAAAUCACCAGGUGUUUGUUUUUGGAGCUGCUCAUGAAGAGCAGUGAAAAGACCCCUUCUGAAAAAAAAGUGUCUCCAGUGAAUCUUAGAUCUGAAAGAGGUUUGCACAUGUCUCGCCUUUGUACAGGUUAUUCCAUGUUUGGCGAAGUGAGUGCAAUCAACCCAAGUGCAGUGUUCCUGCAGCCCAAUUAUUAAGAUUGGGCAAAUUAGUCCAAUUUUUAUGAGGAAAACACCAGUUUUUAAUAUCCCAUUUAAAGAAAAAUCUCUUUUUUUUCUCUUGCCUAUAUUCAUAAACUUCAACCUUAAGAAUUCGUAAGUAAAGUAUGUGUGGGGGAUGCAUGAAAAACCAUCUCUAUUUUCCAGAUUGUGGUUUCAGGUCCGCAGAGUAAAAUGUCACAGGUUGCAGUCAGGCAUAUCCUCUGCUCUAUUAUCAGAUGCAAAAACCCACAUAAUGCCCAUAUUGUGUCCCAGCACCAGAGCACCAAGGAGCGGGAACAGCAGCUGCUCUUUAUUUUUAACAACAGUUUGUUUUGCACUAACUUCAUCUUGAGUUGCUGCAGAAACUUAAACAGAAAAAUCAGAAUCAACACUUAAAUGUUAAUGUAAAACUUGCAGACAUUCAGGUUGCAUUAAACUGUUCAUAAUCAGAUUCUGGAUCAUGUGUGUGGUGCACAGGCGCUGGUUCUUCUGGUGCACUCACCAAGUCUUCCACCUCUGCAUCUGUCUGCACUGGUCCACACUCGGGCUGUGAACAUCCACAGAGGCUGAAUUUGUGAUGUUUUUGCAGCUGCAUUUAAAGAUGAAUAAAAAUAGACAAUUGGGACUUGUUGUAAACAGCUUAUAUACUAUUAUGUGGAGCCUUUAAAAAUGUGAUCAAGAAAAAUGUUAUUUAGUUUGUAAAUAAACAGAGAUUGCGGUUAGACUCAUUUUUGCGCACUAGAGUUGACUGUGUUUGAUAAGACACGUCCACUGGAGGUCUAGAUUUAACCAGAGCACUUGGAUGGUCAUAAUAUCGAUGUUGUGAUGACGUGUAGAUCACUUGUCAGAGGAAUUAUAGACACUUGAUGUGAUUUUUAAAGCUGGUUUGAACAGAGAGGGGAGGAGGAGAUGAUGAACUGACAUUUCGUUUGAACUGACUCCCACACCUUUAAGCACUCAAAUAAUGAUUUUGAAGAAAAUGAAACACUGGAGUUGUGAAAAUGAAGAUUAAUUCGACUGGGAUCCUUCACAAACAUUUCAAACAACAAGCACAUGUCAAUAUGCAAAGAGCUAAAUUAUUCUACCUGUAACAUUUGUACAUGUUAGAUUUUAUAAACUGGAAAAUAUCUGAAGUUUUUGUACAAUUUUCUGGAACAUUUCAUGUUAAAACCAAAAAGACAUUCAGACCACUUCAUGUAAACAGACGAAAACUUUGUGAUUCAACUGUAAAAGAUGAAAUGUAGAUUUUUUUUUUUUAACAUGUAUGUAGCGUUUUCAUGUUAGAAAAUGAAGUGAUGAGAAACACUGUAAGAGAAGUUCUUGUGCUGCAGCCUGUCUGCUCACUGAUGUAGGGUUGCUGUGUCGCCUUGGUUUGUCUGCACUUCUGGAUUUUUGCGUUUAAAAGCCCUUCAGGUUGUUUAUGUGUGUCUGUGUGUUUUUGUGUGGUUGCAUCUGACUGAGAAAAUAUUGGAUUCCAAGGAACAAUAUUAAUGUUAUUGCAGAGUCACACUCACCCUCACACAUAUUUGUGUGCAUGUGUGUCUCAAAGAAAACAAUCCCUUUGCCUUUCUGGGAAGUGAGAGUGUUUGUGUGUCUCUGUCUGAUCAUGUCCUUCCUUUCUUACACACCAGUUUGAGGUCGAUUUUUAAGGGUCAUUCUGCUCCUUCUUGACCUGGGCUCUAGUUUUGCAUAUUUUGGAGACUAAAUACCUUAGUGAUCCAAAGAGUUUGAAUUUCUCCAGGUGAUAGAUGUUUCAAAACAGCUUCAUGAACAAAUAAAUCAGGUCAAAGUAAAAUGAGUCCACUGAAAGUUUGUGUUUUUACCACAGACAGGCUCAGAUUUGCAUUUGAAGUGCCUGAUAACAUUACGGAAAAGAUCCUUCAAGAAAAAAAUCCCAUAUUUAUGGUUAAGAUGCUGUUUGUGAAACACUGAACAGCUGUUAUUCUGCUCUGUAUAAGACUACCAGACAGCUGCAAAUGACCAAUGCAGAAACUGAAUUUAGGCUAAUGAAGAUCAACGUCACAACUUGGACUUCAUCAGGAUUGUUUUUCUUAUUUGAAUUUUAUCCUGACAAAAUGAUUGUUUGAGUAUAUUUGACUUUAUGCACACAAAAGGAUAACAUUUUUGUCACUAUUCCCUAAAAACACAUGGUUUCUUGUUUCUUCAUGAUAAAGUACAUCUUACUUGAAAUUCCAUGGAGGCAGGCAGUGCUGAGGAAAAAAUAAGGCGAAAGUGAAAAAAGUGUUUAAUUUACUCUGAUAGUACAGUAAAAAUCACUGCAAGAGCCUGAUUGGUUAAUAGAGCUGUCAGUCAUUAUGUCAUUUAACUUCUUUUUAGCCUUAAGUAACCAAUUAAAACUAAACUGGUCAAAAAAAUAACACUUGAAUGUAGAUCAGCAUGAUAAGAAAACACUUGAAUGAAAAAAAUGAAAUGACUUAAACUUUAAUUUUCUGGUUUAAUUAUUUCCCCUCUUACAAUGGAGAAGGUUUAGAGGAAAACGUUUGUGGUCUAGUUCUUCCUGAUGUCGCUGGUUUGUUUGUGGUAUUUAGGACUGAUAUGCUUCAAUAUUUUAAUAGUGAAAUGCAGAAAAAAAUCUCAUACAACCAUUUAAGGCUGAGGUAAACCAACAUCUUCCAUGUCCUGCAGGGUUUAAUGGUGGAUUUCACAGGAGCAAAGCCAUAACUGUUUAUAGUUUCAAAAGGUGUUUAAAGCUUUCAUAAGGGUCUUUCUCUGCAGCAAUCCUUUCUGUGAUGUUGUUGGGCUUUAAAAAAACCCCCCCAAAAAACAACAGUUCGGGUCUUAAAGUGGUAAAAAUAUAUACUCUUUGGGGGCUUAAUGGAUUUGCCUGCAAGCCUAAACAGCAUGUCUCCAUCCAGGACUUACUGUUUUUCUUUUUACCCAGUAAAAUGUCCAACUAGGGCCCAGGUUGAAAAAAAGGACCAGAGCCCUCCUGAAAUAGCAAUAACACCAAAACUAUUUAGUAAAACUUUUUGUCCUUUGUCUGUGGAUUUCAGCAUCAUGGUUCACCUCACUCAGAAUAGACAAUAAACUUUAGAUGAUGGUAAAAACCUGCAGAUGAUGCAACAGAGUGUUACCUGAGAAGUGAAAGCAGAAGCUGAUCUGACGUCUCUGAUGCCUUCUGCUGUAACUGGAAAAACUGCUGCAGGAGUUUCACUCUGACUGUGAUGAAUAACUGAGGAAGACCUCUGGUUUAAAAAGCUUGUAGUUUGAUUCGGUAGAACAUGAGGUUGAUGUUGUGACAACUAAAAGCUUUGGGAUAAUAAAGAUUUAUCACCUUUU